AUGGAUUCCCCCGGUCAGGCUUCGAGAAAAAGGUCACAAUCUAGAGGUUAUGAGUAAGUCACUGCAACAUUUUUAAAGACAAAAAAAAAGAGUGCAUUUCAGACUUCUGACUGGGGGAUUUUCAGUUCUGCCCAUAGGUCCUCAUACAAGAAAAAGAAGGAUAAGACCCCCUUAUGUGAAGCUUGUGAUGACAAGGUGCUUUCUGGGAAAAGGCUCUGCUUAGCUUGUCUUAAAGCAGCGGCAGGCCAUGCUGAACCGGACCCAGAUGUUCUCUCUUAUAUCCGUCAAGCAGUUUCAGAGGGUCUUCGACAGUCUGAGAGGGCUAAGAAAAGAUGUAGAUCUUUUAGCCCAGAGGAAUAUGCUGACUUAAACUCUGAUGAAUAUGCACCCCCGGUAUUUGAGCAAGACGAGUUGUCAUCUCAAGAUGAAGAAUAUGGGGCCUCUCCUGUCUUUAUAGACAGUGUGAAAAUAGAAGCUUUAAUCAAGGCAGUUUGUGAUACCUUGGAGCUUAAUGAUAAGAGAGAGGAGGAACCAGCUUCUAGUAAGCAUUUUGCUGACCUGAGAAGGCGUAAUCCUACCUUCCCAUUACAUGAGACCAUUGAGGACCUCAUUAAUCAAGAAUGGAAGAAGGCUGAAAAAAGAAUCUCUAUUCAGGGUCGUUUUUCUAAACUAUACCCUUUUAAGGCUACGGACAGUAACCAUUGGGACCUUGCCCCCAGAGUAGAUGCAGCUAUUGUCCGAUUAGCUAAAAAGACCACCUUUCCAUUGGAUGAUGCUGGUACUUUAAGAGAUCCAAUGGAUAAAUGUAUGGACUCAAAUUUGUCCAAAGCCUAUAUAGCCUCUGGCUCUGGACUUCGUCCUGCUGUAGCCCUGACAUCUGUCUCUAGGGCCUUGAAGCAGUGGAUGGAUGACCUUGAAGAGGACAUAUUAAGUGGAGUCAGUAGAUCCAGGCUGCUGGAAUCCUUAAGGAAAAUGAAGCUGGCUAUUGAUUUUUCAUCAGAAGCUUCCAUAGAUUUGGUGAAAACCAUCUCCAGAAGCAUGGUCCUUACUGCAGCAUCAAGACGGGCUCUUUGGCUACGUAAUUGGGUGGCAGAUAAUUCUUCAAAAAAUAGCCUGUGUUCCCUCCCCUUUCAACGUGAGAUGCUCUUUGGCAAAUACUUGGACGAAUGUAUCAAAAAGGCAGUAGAAGGACGUAAGGCCUUUCUUCCUCAAGAUAGACGUCCAAAAAAAAUUUCCUUACCGCAGGACAGACGUUCCUUUCGGGACAAGGACUUUAGACAAUACAGACCAGAUUCCAAUCCUGGAAAAGUGGUCUCUCCUCUUCCAAAACCACCCGAGGACGUGGUGGCAAUGGUAAACCUUCAAGGCAAUUCUGAUGGGACUCCAGUCCAGCCCUUGGGAGUGGGAGCAAGACUUCUUCACUUCUACGAGGUCUGGGCUCCAGCAAUACAGGACAAGUGGGUUUUAAAGACCCUAAAAUCCGGCUACUACCUGGAAUUCUCGACAAUCCCUUAUCCCCGGUUCAUGUCUAGAAGCAUGCCUAUGGAAACAGAGAAAGCAGUGGCCAUUCGGUCUUUUGUUUCUUCCCUUUCAGCAGAAGGAGUUAUAUGUCCUGUUCCUGCAAAAGAAAGAGGAUUGGGAGUUUAUUCCAGACUUUUUCUCACUCCAAAAGCAUCAGGGGAGUGGAGACCAAUUUUAGACCUUCACGAAUUAAACGAAAAUCUGUAUGUGAGAAAAUUCAAGAUGGAAUCCGUAAAUUCCAUUAUAAAAGUCAUCUCCCCAGGCGACUGGUUAAUCUCCAUAGACCUUCGAGACGCUUAUUUUCAUGUUCCUAUUGCUCCACCACACCAGAAGUUCCUGAGAUUUGCGAUUCACCGUCAGCAUUUUCAGUUUCAAGCCCUUCCCUUUGGCAUGAGCACAGCUCCCAGGACUUUCUCAAAGAUCCUGGUUGCCUUAAUAGCACAUAUCUGUCUGGAAGGCAUCUCAAUAUUCCAUUAUCUCGACGACAUCUUGAUUCUCUCACACAGCAGAGAUAUUCUCCUUCUUCAUCGAGAUCGGGUUCUUUCAAUUCUACAAAAAUUUGGAUGGUUGGUAAACCUCAAGAAGAGUCAGCUUUCCCCCUCUCAAGUUAUGAUAUACUUAGGGGCAAGAUUCGACACAAUCCAGUCACAGGUCUCCCUAUCCUUGGACAGGGGGCUUCAUAUUCAAUCAAAGAUCCUUCGUCUUCUGCCUCUGAACUCCAUCCCGGCCCAGGAAUUUAUGAGCCUUCUGGGAAGUUUGUCCUCUACAAUAGGCCUUACGAAAUUGGCCAAGUGGCAUAUGAGGAUUCCACAAGAAGGGUUUCUAUCCCAGUUUAUGAACAAGGAUCUGAAUCAAGCAAUCUCUUUAUCAUCAGAGAUCAAGAAGGAACUGGCAUGGUGGCUGAUGAACGGGAAUCUAUAUCAAGGGUAUCCUCUGAGCAAUAUCCCUUGGGUAACUCUCAUGACGGAUGCUUGCCAAUCAGGUUGGGGAGCUCAUUUGGGCCUUCUUCACGUUCAGGGGCAGUGGGAAAACAAACAGUAUCCUCUAUCCUCGAAUGUUUUAGAAUUGCAAGCAGUCUUCCAGGCUCUUCUGCACUUUCCUUGUCUGAAACAAAGUUGGGUGAGAGUAAGGAUAGACAAUACCUCUGCAGUUGCUUACAUCAAUCAUCAGGUGGGUACAAAGAGCAAACGCUUAAUGAAAGUGUUGACCCCACUUAUGUCAUGGUCAGAGAAGAAUUUGAAGGGGAUAAAGGCAGUUUACCUUCCAGGAAAGAACAAUCAAGUGGCGGAUUUCUUAAGCCGUGUAACCCUGGAUCCCACAAAAUGGGAGUUAGCCCCUCUGGCAUUCCAAAGAAUAGUCCAGAAGUGGGGUCUUCCUGUCAGGAUUACUGUUUGAUCCAGCACGUAGAACUGUACAGCACGGAUGACAAAUAAGUAACGUAUUACCGGUCCUUAGAAUGGCCGGAUUUAACGUACAAAGAAUAGUCAAAAAUACUAGCCGAGGUCAGGGAACACAGAAAGGGACACAGCGAUGAGGAAAGCCAGGAGUCAGGAUACCAGAAUAUAGAGAAGUCAAUAAACAAAGCCAAAGUCAAAAACCAGGUAGAAAACUAUAAACAGGAACGCGCUCUCAGACAACCACAAGGGAAACCACGACAGGGCACUGAGCAGGCUGAGAACUGGGCCUAAAUACCCCUCCUUUAGUUCUGAUAGGCUGUAACCGGCCUUUGACCCCAAAGUCAGUUACCAGGUUUCAUUUGCAUAAUUGCUGCUCAGCAUUAACCCUUCUGUGGAUUAGGUUGCUGCUCGGCACAACUUUUCCUGUGUGGACAGUAAAUGUCAUUAACCACAUUUCUAUAAGCGGAUGAAUACGUGACAUUACCCCCCACCUGAAGAACGCCCACCGGGCAGGACAGGACCAGGCUUGAGAGGAAAUUUAGCGUGAAAAGCGCGGAUCUUACGGCCCGCAUGCAGGUCAGGAGCCGAAACCCAAGAACGAUCAGCAGGACCGUAACCUUUCCAAACAACCAAGUACUGUAAAGUGCCCCGAGAAAACCUAGAAUCCACGAUAGAAGAUACCUCAUACUCUUCCUGACCACCCACCACCACCGGAGGGGGAGGAACACAAGGAACAGUAUAUCUAUUGCAGACAAGAGGUUUGAGUAAGGACACAUGAAAAGUGUUGGGAAUCCCUAAAGAUGCAGGAAGAGCCAGAGAGUAAGACACUGGAUUGAUCCUACGAAGCACUCUAUAGGGACCAAGGAAUCUGGGGGCAAACUUCAUGCUAGGGACCUUAAGCUUGAUGUUGCGAGAUGACAACCAAACCCGGUCCCCCACUUGGUACACCGGGUUGGCACUCCUACGCUUAUCAGCAAAAUGUUUGAAGCGUUCAGCAGCAGCCCCUAGAGCAGUUUGAACCUUAACCCAGGUAUCCCGAAUGGAGGCCAGACGCUCAUCCAGAGCAGGAAUGGCAGUAUCAGAAAAUACCGCAGGGAGAACCGUAGGAUGCCUACCAUUAUUGACAAAAAAUGGACUGUGCCCAGAGGAGUCAUGAACAGCAUUGUUUCUAGCGAACUCGGCCCACGGGAGUAGUUCGGACCAAUUGUCUUGUGUGCUAUUAAUAAAACAACGCAAAUAAACUUCUAAUGACUGGUUAGCCCUCUCAGCUGUACCAUUGGUCUGUGGAUGGUAGGAGGAGGAGAAGGAGAGAUCAAUCCCCAAUUGUUUACUGAAAGCCCUCCAGAACCUGGACACAAACUGAGAGCCCCUAUCAGACACAAUAUUGUGGGGGAUGCCAUGCAAACGGACAAUUUCACGUAUGAAAAUUAGGACCAAAUCUUGCGAAGAUGGCAACUUCUUGAGAGGAAUGAAGUGAGCCAUCUUAGAAAAUCGGUCUACAACCAUGAGAAUAGUAGUGAACCCAGCAGAGCUAGGAAGCUCAACAAUAAAGUCCAUGGAUAAGUGGGACCAUGGAAUCUCAGGAACAGGAAGAGGCUGCAACAGGCCACAAGGAAGUGCAUGAGUCACCUUAGAAACUGCACACACAGAACAUGCCUGCACAUACUCCUUUACAUCUUUCCUGAGUGAAUCCCACCAAAAUGAUCUAGUGAUCGCGGCAGUGGACUUAUUGAUGCCCGAGGUGUCCAGCAGUUAUAUUGUCAUGGAACACUUUCAUGAUAUUAACCCUUUCACAUAGGGGAACGAACAGUUUAUCACACGGUUUACCACUGGGCGCCUGAGGCUGGGCCUCCAGUAUGGUGCCAAGCAGUGGAGAAGACAGUGAGAGGACAGUAGUAGCAAUAAUACACUCUGGUGGAAUAAUAGGAGAUGUCACCUGUUCCGGAGCUGACUCAUUAUCAAAUUGCAUGGACAAGGCAUCAGCCUUGGUAUUUUUAGAACCAGGUCUAUAAGUAAUGAGAAAGUUAAAACGUGAAAGGAAUAGUGACCAUCUAGCCUGUCUGGAAGACAAACGUUUGGCAUCCCCUAUAUAUGCCAGAUUUUUGUGGUCGGUUAUGAUCAACGGGGGGUCCUUGGAACCCUCCAAAAGAUGUCGCCACUCCUUGAGGGCAAGAAUAAUGGCCAACAGUUCUCUAUUGCCAAUAUCGUAGUUGCGCUCAGCAGGAGACAUCUUUCUGGAGAAGUAUCCACAAGGAUGCAAUGGUGUUCCCUGGCUUUCUCUCUGAGAGAGAACAGCCCCUACCCCUGUCUCGGAUGCAUCAACCUCCAAUAUAAAAGGUUUACUAGUGUCGGGAUGUUUUAGUAUGUCCGAGGAGGCAAAUCUUUGUUUAAGAGUCUCAAAAGCAUUCACAGCCUCUUUGGACCAUACCGUGCUACUAACCCCUUUGCGAGUCAUAUUUGUGAUUGGGGCUAUUACAGAAGAAAAACCCUUGAUGAAUCUUCUGUAAUAGUUGGCAAAACCAAUAAACCUUUGAAUGGCUUUUAAACCAGAGGGUAAUGGCCAGUGUAGUACAGCCUCUAGUUUUUUAGGAUCCAUUUGAAACCCCGAUGCAGAGAUGUUGUAACCCAAAAAGUGGACUUCAGGCUGGUCAAAUAUGCACUUUUCUAAUUUACAAUAAAGUUUAUUUUUCAACAACGUCUGCAGAACCUGUUUCACAUGGGAGUGGUGAGUUUGAAGAUCAGGGGAAUACACUAAAAUAUCGUCCAAAUAAACCAAGACAAAUGAGUAAAUGAAUUCCCUGAGUACAUCAUUUAUAAAGUCUUGGAAUACGGCCGGGGCGUUGCAUAACCCAAAUGGCAUUACCAGAUAUUCAUAGUGUCCACUACGGGUAUUAAAUGCCGCCUUCCACUCAUGAUUCUCUUUAAUUCUAACCAAAUUGUAAGCGCUCCUAAGGUCAAGCUUAGUAAAUACUUUAGCUCCCUGAAGUCUAUCGAACAAUUCGGAAAUUAGUGGGAUAGGGUAUGCAUUUUUUACAGUGAUUUUAUUAAGUGCCCUGUAGUCUAUGCAAGGGCGUAACUCACCACCCUUUUUCUCAACAAAAAAGAAUCCUGCACCAGCUGGUGAGGAUGACUUUCUUAUGUGCCCUUUGCUCAAGGAUUCCUUGAUGUAUUCCUCCAUUAUUUUACUCUCCUGGGGAGAUAAGGCAUAAACUGCCCCCUUAGGUGGCAUAGCGCCUGGAAACAGGUUAAUGGCACAGUCAUAUGCUCUAUGGGGAGGCAAUACAUCGGAUUGAGCCUUGUUAAACACCUCCUGAAGUUCUCGGUAUUGUAUGGGAACUCCAGGAGUUUGGGGAGUGGUAGUGGGAAGGUCAAUAGUAUCCAAUCUCUUUAGUACUGGUUUUAUACAUCUCCCCAUACACUCUUUACCCCAUUCUAAUAUCUCCCCAUUAGCCCAGUCAAUAUAGGAUUGUGCUUACUCAGCCACGGAAACCCUAAUAUGAUAGGACAUGAUGGAGAAGUAAUAACCUGAAACGUCAUCUCCUCCCUGUGGGAGGCCCCAAUGGAGAUCGUAAUAGGGACAGUUUCAUGGGUUAUAAGCGGUUGUGUGAGUGGUCUACCAUCAAUAGCCUCUACAGCUAGCGGCGUAGGUCUCUCCCUGACCAGUAUCUCAUUACCCCUAAUAAACUGGACAUCAAUAAAAUUUCCAGCAGCACCUGAGUCCAUUAGGGCACUGCAAGAAAACUUCUUGUUAUCAAGGGAAACAGAUACCUCAAGGAGGAAUCUACUUUUGUUUUUGUUAGAGGACAACUCCAUCACACCUAAGAUCUGUCCCCUUAAGGUUCUUAGGUGCGGACGUUUUCCGGACGCACUGGACAAUUAGUUAUCAUAUGUCCCUUUCUACCGCAAUAUUGGCAUAACCCCUCCCUUCUCCUAUACUGUUUUUCGGCCUCUGACAGUCUAGUGACCCCCAACUGCAUAGGUUCGGGUUCAGACUGUACAGGGAGGUUAGACAAAACAGGUUUAGAGAAUUGAGGUGCUAGGGACAUAGCCGUACGUCUGGUCUUGCUUCUGGUGACUUCUCUGAGUCUUAACCUAUUAUCAAUAUACAUGACAAAUUUAAUAAAUUCGUUAAGACUCUUAGGUAAUUCUUUAGCGGCUAUCUCAUCUAGUAUAGUCUCUGAGAGACCCUUUUUGAAUGCUGAGAUUAACCCAUUGUUAGUCCAGUCUACCUCGGAAGCUAAGGUACGGAAUUCAAUAGCAUAAUCCGAGAUAGACCGGUUACCUUGUCUGAUGUGCAUUAGGGAAGUGGAGGCGUCAUCCUCUCUACCCAAUGGCUCAAACGUGAGCUUGAAUUCAGCAAGGAAUUCCUGGUAAUUAUGAGCUAUGCUCCGAUUACUCUCCCACAACGAAUUAGCCCAGGCAAGGGCCUUGCCCUUUAAUUGAUUCAUUAGAUAACCAAUUCUUGCUCUGUCCAUGGGGAAUGACCCUGGUGAGGCCUCAAAAUGGUACCCCACCUGAUUAAGAAAACCCCUGCAUUCCUGGAUAUUGCCAUCAAACUGUAGGGAUGGUGAUAAGGAGAUGCUAGGAGUCCUAUUAACAGUGGGUGGAUGUACACAGGGUAGAGGUGCUAUAGGAGGAGACGCUGCAGGCUGCAGAUGCUCCGUUCUAGCGCGAAGCGUACUUAAAGCCUGAGUGAACUGAUCCAUGCGGUGAUCAUUCUCCUCUAAUUUCCUCUCGCAAGCAGCUAUGUGCUGACAGUUCUACAGGAUCUAUGGCCCUGUCGUAAUGUCAGAAUUACUGUUUGAUCCAGCACGUAGAACUGUACAGCACGGAUGACAAAUAAGUAACAUAUUACCGGUCCUUAGAAUGGCCGGAUUUAACUUACAAAGAAUAGUCAAAAAUACUAGCCGAGGUCAGGGAACACAGAAAGGGACACAGCGAUGAGGAAAGCCAGGAGUCAGGAUACCAGAAUAUAGAGAAGUCAAUAAACAAAGCCAAAGUCAAAACCAGGUAGAAAACUAUAAACAGGAACGCGCUCUCAGACAACCACAAGGGAAACCACGACAGGGCACUGAGCAGGCUGAGAACUGGGCCUAAAUAAUUCUCCUUUCUUUUCUGAUAGGCUGUAACCGCCUUUGACCCCAAAGUCAGUUACCAGGUUUCAUUUGCAUAAUUUUUCGCUCAGCAUUAACCCUUCAGGAUUAGGUUGCUGUCAGCACAACUUUUUCCUGUGUGGACAGUAAAUGUCAUUAACUUCUAUAAGCCGGAUGAAUACGCGACACUUCCUCAGGUAGAUCUGAUAAUACAGCUAAGAAUCGCAGUGGGAAGGUUCUUCUCGCUACUUCUCAAUUUCUUGAAGACCAGGAUGUUCUCUGUUGUGAGUGGAAGUUCAUCUGGGGGUAUGUUUUUUCCCAACUCUCUGAUUUUCCCCUGCUGAGAAGGGAUCCUGCAGGAGCAAGCUUACCAUUCUUCUAGUGAUUCCCUCUGGGCCCAGACGGCCUUGUUUUCCCUCGCUGCAGAAAACUCUCUCUAUGACAUGCCACUGAAAUUCCCAGAUCAACUCAGUCUCUCAAGGUCCCAUUCCUCUCACCCAUCUCUUUAGAACCAGGUCUAUAAGUAAUGAGAAAGUUAAAACGUGAAAGGAACAGUGACCAUCUAGCUUGUCUGGAAGACAAACGUUUGGCAUCCCCUAUAUAUGCCAGAUUUUUGUGGUCGGUUAUGAUCAACAGGGGGUCCUUGGAACCCUCCAAAAGAUGUCGCCACUCCUUGAGGGCAAGAAUAAUGGCCAACAGUUCUCUAUUACCAAUAUCGUAGUUGCGCUCAGCAGGAGACAUCUUUCUGGAGAAGUAGCCACAAGGAUGCAAUGGUGUUCCCUGGCUUUCUCUCUGAGAGAGAACAGCCCCUACCCCUGUCUUGGAUGCAUCAACCUCCAAUAUAAAAGGUUUACUAGUGUCGGGAUGUUUUAGUAUGUCCGAGGAGGCAAAUCUUUGUUUAAGAGUCUCAAAAGCAUUCACAGCCUCUUUGGACCAUACCGUGCUACUAACCCCUUUGCGAGUCAUAUUUGUGAUUGGGGCUAUUACAGAAGAAAAUCCCUUGAUGAAUCUUCUGUAAUAGUUGGCAAAACCAAUAAACCUUUGAAUGGCUUUUAAACCAGAGGGUAAUGGCCAGUGUAGUACAGCCUCUAGUUUUUUAGGAUCCAUUUGAAAUCCCGAUGCAGAGAUGUUGUAACCCAAAAAGUGGACUUCAGGCUGGUCAAAUAUGCACUUUUCUAAUUUACAAUAAAGUUUAUUUUUCAACAACGUCUGCAGAACCUGUUUCACAUGGGAGUGGUGAGUUUGAAGAUCAGGGGAAUACACCAAAAUAUCGUCCAAAUAAACCAAGACAAAUGAGUAAAUGAAUUCCCUGAGUACAUCAUUUAUAAAGUCUUGGAAUACGGCCGGGGCGUUGCAUAACCCAAAUGGCAUUACCAGAUAUUCAUAGUGUCCACUACGGGUAUUAAAUGCCGCCUUCCACUCAUGAUUCUCUUUAAUUCUAACCAAAUUGUAAGCGCUCCUAAGGUCAAGCUUAGUAAAUACUUUAGCUCCCUGAAGUCUAUCGAACAAUUCGGAAAUGAGUGGGAUAGGGUAUGCAUUUUUUACAGUGAUUUUAUUAAGUGCCCUGUAGUCUAUGCAAGGGCGUAACUCACCACCCUUUUUCUCAACAAAAAAGAAUCCUGCACCAGCUGGUGAGGAUGACUUUCUUAUGUGCCCUUUGCUCAAGGAUUCUUUGAUGUAUUCCUCCAUUAUUUUACUCUCCUGGGGAGAUAAGGCAUAAACUGCCCCCUUAGGUGGCAUAGCGCCUGGAAACAGGUUAAUGGCACAGUCAUAUGCUCUGUGGGGAGGCAAUACAUCGAUUGAGCCUUGUUAAACACCUCCUGAAGUUCUCGGUAUUGUAUGGGAACUCCAGGAGUUUGGGGAGUGGUAGUGGGAAGGUCAAUAGUAUCCAAUCUCUUUAGUACUGGUUUUAUACAUCUCCCCAUACACUCUUUACCCCAUUCUAAUAUCUCCCCAUUAGCCCAGUCAAUAUAGGGAUUGUGCUUACUCAGCCACGGAAACCCUAAUAUGAUAGGACAUGAUGGAGAAGUAAUAACCUGAAACGUCAUCUCCUCCCUAUGGGAGGCCCCAAUGGAGAUCGUAAUAGGGACAGUUUCGUGGGUUAUAAGCGGUUGUGUGAGUGGUCUACCAUCAAUAGCCUCUACAGCUAGCGGCGUAGGUCUCUCCCUGACCGGUAUCUCAUUACCCCUAAUAAACUGGACAUCAAUAAAAUUUCCAGCAGCACCUGAGUCCAUUAGGGCACUGCAAGAAAACUUCUUGUUAUCAAGGGAAAUAGAUACCUCAAGGAGGAAUCUACUUUUGUUUUUGUUAGAGGACAACUCCAUCACACCUAAGAUCUGUCCCCUUAAGGUUCUUAGGUGCGGAAGUUUUCCGGACGCACUGGACAAUUAGUUAUCAUAUGUCCCUUUCUACCGCAAUAUAGGCAUAACCCCUCCCUUCUCCUAUACUGUUUUUCGGCCUCUGACAGUCUAGUGACCCCCAACUGCAUAGGUUCGGGUUCGGACUGUACAGGGAGGUUAGACAAAACAGGUUUAGAGAAUUGAGGUGCUAGGGACAUAGCCGUACGUCUGGUCUUGCUUCUGGUGACUUCUCUGAGUCUUAACCUAUUAUCAAUAUGCAUGACAAACGUAAUAAAUUCGUUAAGACUCUUAGGUAAUUCUUUAGCGGCUAUCUCAUCUAGUAUAGUCUCUGAGAGACCCUUUUUGAAUGCUGAGAUUAACCCAUUGUUAGUCCAGUCUACCUCAAUAGCAUAAUCCCAGAUAGACCGGUUACCUUGUCUGAUGUGCAUUAGGGCAGUGGAGGCGUCAUCCUCUCUACCCAAUGGCUCAAACGUGAGCUUGAAUUCAGCAAGGAAUUCCUGGUAAUUAUGAGCUAUGCUCCGAUUACUCUCCCACAACGGAUUAGCCCAGGCAAGGGCCUUGCCCUUUAAUUGAUUCAUUAGAUAACCAAUUCUUGCUCUGUCCGUGGGGAAUGACCCUGGUGAGGCCUCAAAAUGGUACUCCACCUGAUUAAGAAAACCCCUGCAUUCCUGGAUAUUGCCAUCAAACUGUAGGGAUGGUGAUAAGGAGAUGCUAGGAGUCCUAUUAACAGUGGGUGGAGGUACACAGGGUAGAGGUGCUAUAGGAGGAGACGCUGCAGGCUGCAGAUGCUCCGUUCUAGCGAGAAGCGUACUUAAAGCCUGAGUGAAUUGAUCCAUGCGGUGAUCAUUCUCCUCUAAUUUCCUCUCGCAAGCAGCUAUGUGCUGACACAGUUCUACAGGAUCUAUGGCCCUGUCGUAAUGUCAGGAUUACUGUUUGAUCCAGCACGUAGAACUGUACAGCACGGAUGACAAAUAAGUAACGUAUUACCGGUCCUUAGAAUGGCCGGAUUUAACUUACAAAGAAUAGUCAAAAAUACUAGCCGAGGUCAGGGAACACAGAAAGGGACACAGCGAUGAGGAAAGCCAGGAGUCAGGAUACCAGAAUAUAGAGAAGUCAAUAAACAAAGCCAAAGUCAAAAACCAGGUAGAAAACUAUAAACAGGAACGCGCUCUCGGACAACCACAAGGGAAACCACGACAGGGCACUGAGCAGGCUGAGAACUGGGCCUAAAUACCCCUCCUUUCUUUCUGAUAGGCUGUAACCGGCCUUUGACCCCAAAGUCAGUUACCAGGUUUCAUUUGCAUAAUUGCUGCUCAGCAUUAACCCUUCUGUGGAUUAGGUUGCUGCUCGGCACAACUUUUCCUGUGUGGACAGUAAAUGUCAUUAACCACAUUUCUAUAAGCGGAUGAAUACGUGACACUUCCUCAGGUAGAUCUGAUGGCCACAGCGAAGAAUCGCAAAGUGGGAAGGUUCUUCUCGCGUUACUUCGACCCUUUGGCGGAAGACCAGGAUGCUCUCUGUUGUGAGUGGAAGUUCCAUCUGGGGUAUGUUUUUCCCCCAACUCCUCUGAUUUUCCCCCUGCUGAGAAGGAUCCUGCAGGAGCAAGCGACGAUUCUCGCAGUGAUUCCCUUCUGGCCCAGACGGCCUUGUUUUCCCCUGCUGCAGAAACUCUCUCAUGACAUGCCACUGAAAUUCCCAGAUCAACUCAGUCUCCUACAACAAGGUCCUAUCUCUCACCCAUCUCUUCAGUCUCUCAAUUUAAGGGCUUGGAAAUUGAGAAGCAACGUCUCUCCAGCAAAGGCUUCUCUUCUUCAGUAAUUUCUACUCUUCUGAAUGCCAGGAAGAAAUCCACUUCUUCAGCUUACUAUCGUAUUUGGGACAUCUUCUGUAGCUGGUGUUUGGCACAUAAUAUUUCUCCUUUGUCUCCCAGUAUCUGUGACAUCCUUCAAUUUUUACAGGACGGGUUUGACAAGGGUUUGAGUCGCAGCUCCCUAAAAGUGCAUACUUCAGCUCUGUUAGAUCGGAAAUUGGCAUUUGAUCCAGAUAUUGCUAGAUUUUUUCAAGCGAUUCUCAAGCUUUGCCCUCCAGUACGGUCUUGCUCCCCUCCUUGGGAUUUACCUCUGGUUUUACAGGCCUUGUCUGAUUCUCCAUUUGAGCCCUUGGAGAGUGUUUCUAUACUUACUCUUACGUUGAAAACUGUUCUGUUGGUUGCCUUGACCUCAGGCAGAAGAAUCUCCGAGCUAAGCGCUCUCUCCUGUGAGUGUCCCUUUUUGAUUCUUCAGGAAGACAGAGUGAUUCUUCGUACGAUUCCAGCCUUCAGACACAAGGUGGUUUCUGCUUUCCAUAUGAAUCAGGACAUCAUUUUGCCAGCCUUUUUCCCUCAUCCCGCAUCGGAAGAAGAAGAGAAAUGGCAUCGUUUGGAUCUGGUGCGCUGUUUAUCUACAUACCUGAACCAGACUUCAGUCAUAAGGAAGACAUCUAGACUGUUCAUUAUUCCUUCAGGUUACAAGAAGGGUCAAGCCGCUUCUUCGUCUCUUAUUGGCCGAUGGAUCAUCUCAGCCAUUAGUCAGGCCUACUCAUCCUCCGGAGUCCCUGUCCCUCAAGGCCUUAGAGCUCAUUCUACCAGAUCCUUGGCCGCUUCUUGGGCAGCUGCAGCCAACAUUUCUGCAGAUCGCAUUUGUUCGGCAGCAACAUGGUCCUCCUUCAACACGUUUAUCAAUCACUAUCAGUUGGAUGUAGUGCGUUCAUCUACCACAGAAUUUGGUAGAAGUGUCCUCUCUGCUGCCUUAUAGUUUGUGGAUCAAUAAACCGUAUUUGCAUGGAUUUAUGCGUUGUGGUUAUUAUUCUCCCUCCCUUACUCCUUUCAGCUUGGGUAUAACCCAUACGUAGUGCUGCCAUGUAUAUAUCCGGGGAAAACAGAAAAUUUAUGCCAUACUUACCGAUAUUUUCUUUUCCCGGAUAUAUGCCAUGGCAGCACUGCGAUCCCACCCUCUUCUGAAAUCAUGUGUUGUUCCGUGGCUUUAAACUAAGACUGAGGGGGUAUGGGGGGGGGGGUGGUGGUCUCUUUUAUUUUAGGAGGUGUUCCUGUCCAAUUGAGAAGGGGAGGAGCUAUACCCAUACGUAGUGCUGCCAUGGCAUAUAUCCGGGAAAAGAAAAUAUCGGUAAGUAUGGCAUAUAUUUUCUGUUAUAUGUUACAUCAAAUUAAAGCCCUUUCUGUUCUUUAAAAAACAGUAUAUAGUAUGUGUCGGUGCAAUAAACGAGAGAGAUGCAAAUUGCAGUUGAACACAUACAGCAAGAAAAUGCAAAAAUUGGUUGUGUCAGUAAGCGUAAGACAAGCUUCUGAAGCUGUGUCCUUAAGGGGUUAAAAAGCCUGUAGAACAUGCUAUAGCCACUAGAACCUCUAAAUUAAGCUGUAGUUGUUCUGGUGCCUAUAGUGUCCCUUUAAUUGAUGAAAAAGACUGUGGAGUGCUGCCCGCUUCCAGCGGACCAGGGACAGGACCUGGAAUAUAUGGACAUAUAUAGACCUCAAGUACAGAACACCUAGUUUUUAUAUAUAGCUAUGACCCAAGCUAUACAUCUACUCUAGUGUCUGUAUAAGGUCUGUGCUCUAUGUGAACCCUAUACACUCUCCAUGCGCUGCAGGCACUGCACACUCCCCCACACACCGCCCGCAUUGACUUUCAAAGCAGAAAUUCUGGGGCACAGUAAACAGCAACUAAUGGCAGAAUAGCAGCGCUGCUUCCUCCGGAUUGGUCCACGGAUUGGUCCAGCCAUAUCACUGCUCACAAUUGGCUGUAACCGCUGCCAAUCAAAGCUUACAUUUGGGCGGGAUCAAAGAAAUCAAGCAGCCUGCUGCAUCCCAACCCAGAGGGAGGGAAUCCAGAGCGGUAGCUUACUCCCUGCAAAACAUAGAGAGCUGGGAGCAGACUGACAGCCAUACACACACAUACAGAGCGCUGGACAGCAUACUGACUACAAACACCGUACAAGCAAUUCCACAACACCAGAGAAUACUCUGCAAUAUAAGCACAGAUAUACAAAGAGCUCUGCUGGGCCUGCAGCACCAAACAGUUAUACACCGAGCUCUGCAGGAUCUGCAAAACAUAAACUGCAAUACACCGCUCUGCAGGAGCUGCAACAUAAACACACGACUACACAGAGCUCUGCAUGCAUGACCUGCUAAACAUAAACACACAGAGCUCUGCAUGACCUGCUAAACAUAAACAGAAAUACACAGAGCUCUGCAUGACCUGCUAAACAUAAACAGAAAUACACAGAGCUCUGCAGGAGCUGCGAUAUAUACAUAUAUAAACAGGAAUACACACAGUUCUGCAGGAUCUGCAACUUAUUUUUACAGCAAUUUGCAGCGCUGCAAGAAUUGCUGCACCUUUGAAGCCAGGUCUGCAACCUUGGUUGCCUGGCAGCACAAAUGCAGUAGCCCAGGACCUUGUGCAGUAGCCCUGUAGGUAAGUGUUUAUCUUUCCCUCCAUUUUACACAUUUUCAAUAUGACCUAGUUUUAAACUAGAAUCGUAUUUGUUUACAGUUCUAAAAUUGGAACUAAUCCUUAACUUGGCUAUACAGAGUCUUGCAACAACUUUAAAUGGGCACAUGCAUCGUGAUGAUGCACAAUAAACAGAAUAGGAGACAGAUCAUAAAACAGUUUAGUUUAAAACAUCAUGGUCAUUUCAGUCCUGUGUGUGUUGUUUUCUGAGUCAUUCAUCACAAGCAUCUUUCUUAGUUCAUUCAAAAACAUCUUGCUUGACAUCUGUUUUCAUGUCCUUUUAGUAGUAACAGGAAAUCUUGUUGAAACUUUCCUGUUUACACAAAAGCUGUAGUUCUAUGACUCAUUGAGAUCUGUAUUGAUGGGCCACGCUAGUUAUAACCCCCCAAAAUUCUUCUAAAUUAAAACUAUCAAACCCUCAUCUUUAAGGUUUCAAUUGGAUUAACUUUAUGCUGCUUGUGCAUCAACGUAGGCUGUAAAAGGAUAUUUUGCAAUAAUGUUUCUGUAGACCAUUGUAAAAUGGUAUUGCAAGAGUAUGCUUUUCGAAUAAUUACUUAUUUAUCGUCAAAAUGCUUUAUUUACAGUAACUCUGUCCCUUUGGAGGCUAGUCCAUAGGGGCAGAAAAGGGCUUCCACCAGUUAUUGUUGCAAAAAAUAAUAAUCUAUUGGCAUUGUAAGAACUUUUGACAAUGUGUCUGUCGUGAUGUCCAUUGCAUUGACAAUACAUAACUUAUUAGAGCAAUAACAAUAAUGUUACAUAGUUAAAAACCUGGUCUGAAGCGCUUUCAAUUUUGCCACAAACUAGGAAAAAAUUCCUUCUUGACCCCAAAAUAGCAGUCAGAUGUCUCCUUGGAUCAAGCAGCUAUUACCCCACUAAUUAGAAAUUAUAUCCCUGUAUUUUAUGUUUUUGUAAGUAUUUAUCCAAUUGCAGUUUAAACAUCUGUAUGGACUCUGACAAAACCACUUCUUCAGGCAGAGAAUUCCAUAUCAUUAUUGUUCUUACUGUAAAAAAACCCUUUUCUUUGCCUUAGAUGAAAUCUCCUUUCUUCCAGCCUAAAUGUGUGACCUCGUGUCCUAUGUAUAGCCCUGUUUAUGAAUAGAUUUCCAGAUAAAGAUUUGUACUGGCCCCGAAUAUAUAUGUAUAAAGUUAUCAUAUCCCCUCUCAGGCGCCGUUUUUUCCAAACUAAACAGAUUUAAUUUUUUUUAACCUUUCUUCAUAACUAAAAUGCUCCAUUCCUUUUAUCAAUUUUGUAGCUCGUCUCUGGACCCUCUCCAGUGCCAUGAUAUCCUUCUUUAGAACAGGCGCCCAAAAUUGCACAGCAUAUUCAAGGUGUGGUCUUACCAGUGAUUUAUAAAGAGGCAAAAUUAUAUUUUCAUCCCGAGAAUUUAUGCCCCAAUUUAUACAUGAUAAAAUCUUACUGGCCUUAGCAACUGCAGAUUGACAUUGCAUAUUGCUGCUUAAUUUGUUGUCUAUAACAAUUCCCAAAUCCUUCUCGUGUGUGGUUAUCCCUAAUUCACUACCAUUUAGUGUGUAAGUUGCUUGUGCAUAACUUUGCAUUUCUCUAUGUUAAAUUUCAUCUGCCAUUUUAGUGCCCAGUCCCCCAAUCUAUCCGAAUAUCUCUGCAGUAAAGCAAUAUCCUGCUCACAUUUUAUUACUUUACAAAGUUUUGUGUCAUCUGCAAACACUGAUACAUGGCUUUCAAUGGAUAUGAUGUCCAUAGCUUUUGCAAUAAAACCAUAACCAAAAUUGUAAACCUUUAAAAUAAUUUUAAAAACAAGCUUAAAAUAAUACAAUCCUCCAGAUUAUCAUGCCACCGUCCACUGCCAAAAUUGUCAGCAACCUUAUCCAUUGACUUAAAGGUAUACUGUAGUGUUAUGAAUGCAAACCUGUGCACUAUAGCUCCCCCACAGCCAAUAUAGCGUUAAAAACCCAUUAAAUACUAACCCAAUCCCAGCGCUGGGCCCUCCCCAGAGGAAAGCAUUGAAUCAAUGCUUUCCUAUGGGGUUUUUCUCUGAAGCUGAAUGUCCUCAUGCAGAACGUCAAGUCACCUAGCAAGCAGGAAGUGCCUCUAGUGGCUGGCUAGUUGACAGACACUAGAGGCACUGUCCUAGUGCUGCAAUGUAAACAUUGCAGUUACUCUAAAACUGCAAUGUUUAACAUUGCAGCACUAAGGGCAAUAGAGACUCUGUACUCAGAACGCUUCAGUGAGCUAAAGUGGUCUGGUUGCCUAUAGUGAUCAUUUAAAAACUACAACAGACAAUUGAGAGAGUGGGUGGGAUGCUUGUCCUGGAAAGUUGAGGGAAGAGGUUAAGCCUGCCAAAAAUGCUGACUUUAUAUAUCACUAGAGUACUGCACGCACUUGAAAAACACCAGCCAAUCACAUUAUUGCUUUUUUACACCAUUUUUGCUAGGAAAAUCUGGCCAAAAACCACCCUAUACCCCUCCCUUUAAAAAAAAAAAAAAAUCUACCUAAUAUACCUGACCUUUACGGUAGUUACUGUUCUGGCUAUAAUACAAGCGCUUUGCAAAACGGUCUAGUAGAGGUGGUUAUUCCUGCUGGCCUCCAAUGUAAAAAUCCUAGAGGCUGUGCUAUGUCUCUGCCUUGCCCAAUACCAGGGAUUGGCUUAGUGCUCUCACCUGAUGCUCCCAGGCUAUCACUGCCUGCUACCAUUGGUAUGACUUGAAGCAGAGCUUAGCUCUGCCAUUUCGACCUUGGAGGGUGGGCUGCAGACUGUUGGGGACUGAGCAUCUAUACUAAAUUGUGAGUAACCCGUUUAGCUGCAGCACCCACAGAUCCCAAACACCACAACCAUGUCAAUCUGUUGAAAUGAUUAUGGUGCCUACAGUGUCCCUUUAACAUUCUGUACAUAUUAGACAAUAAUUAUUGCCCCAAAAUGCACUAGGACAAGGAUUUUACUCCUACACAUAGCAAAGUAAUUUCAGCAAUAACUGCAUAGAUUGAAUGAAUCUUUUAUCAAGUAAAUGUGCCGAAAACCUUCAAGUUGUAAGUUUUUUUUUUUUUUUGUACAGAUUCUAGUUCCCCCCCCCUUUUUUUUUUUUACUCCAGCCCCCAUUUCUCAUCUUUAAUGUAUUUGAGAGUUUACUUCUUAUCUCAGUAGAUCGUUAAAACCACUUGACUCUAUUUCAGUUUUUAUCCAGUGUUUCAAUCCAAACCAAUUCAAGGUUUUGCUGUUGCUUUAUGAAAUCCAUUCAUAUAAAUUAUUAUAACAAGGUCUAUAAUGAAGUAUAAUUGUGUGAGACCAGUUGUUAGAAUAAAACCCACUGAUAAUAAAAAUGGAUUUAGGAACCCGUAAAACUACUUUAAAUAUCAGAAUGAUCAAAGCAGAAUGAAGGAUAAUUUUCACAAUAGAGGUGCUAGUUCACCUGAUUUAUUACGUGACUGGCAAAGUCUCAAUAUGUGACACCCAUGCUGCAGGUGCUGAAUAUAUAAUUACUUUGUCAUCUAAAUUUGAAACUAAUACCCUGCAAGGAAUCUUAUAAAGCGUUAUUUUUGUCUGUAGGAGAAAGGGGCAGUGGUUUGUAUCUUUGGUCUGUAUGGGUUGGUUUUUAAGAUUUUUAAAGGGUUACUCUAAGCCAGGGGUUUCCAAUAAUUUUUUCCAGUGAAACCAUUUGACCUAGUGUAUUAGGGAUAUUAUUGGCCGAUAUUCAGUAUUUUUGGCAAUAUCGGUAUCGGCCAAUAAAGAUACCGAUAUUGCCGUUAAUACAUACCAGGACCGCCGGGUCCAUGACAAGCCCUGCGGUCCUGGGGGGCCCUGUGUAAAUCUCAGCUUCACAGGGGAGCUGAAGAGAGCUGCUGGGAAGGUAAGUAAGCGCUUGCUGCGGGCCCCCUCUGCACAGUCCAUGCCACCGGACCACCAGGGAAGGCCAUAUCCCCUGGCCAAGUAAGAAGCAGGGAGGGGGGACUGAAAAAAAAUAAAAAAAUUACAUAAAAAAAAAUAAAUUAAAAAUUACAUUUAAAAAAAAAAUAAAAUAAAAAAAAUGCCCCCCUAUUUUACACAAAUUGCAUACCUACAGAAACACACACACACUGCAUUAUAUAUGCACUACACAAACACACACUGCAUUAUAUACGCACUACACACACAAACUGCAUUCAUCAAAUACACACUACACACACACUCUGCAUUCAUUAUAUACAUACACACUCUGCAUUCAUUAUAUACAUACACACACUGCAUCCAAUACAUGUAUAUUUUGUGCAUUUAACUUUUAGAAAUUGUUUAUUUUUUUCAAAAUGGUAAAUGUACAGAAUAUCGUUAUCGGCCUGAAAGUUAACAGAUUAUCAGUAUCUGCUCUUAAAAAAAAAAAAAAAAAAAUCAAUAUCAGUCGAUCCCUACAGUGUAUCAACCUUGUGAAAACACCAUAGCAUAAACAUUACAAUUAAUAGAGCGUAAUCUUUUCCUUUUUUGGCAAAUUUUGGUGUGGGUUUUUUUGCUAUAUACACACUAAGUUCUACGGGGAAUAAACAGAUUGUAGUACUUAGGAGCAGGUGUGUUUCUGUGUGUAGAGUUGGUGUUUUGUAAAUAAUUUUAGCAUUUUCAUAAAGGGAUGUGUUUGUAAUGUUUGCAUGUAGUGUUUGAAUUUAAGUGCGGAUGAACAUUUUGUGUGUAGAGUUGGUGUUUAAGUGUUUGUAUAUAAUUUUAGAGUUCAAGGAUGUUUUUGUAUGUAAUGUUUGUGUUUGCAGGAGUGUGUGUAGAGUUGGUGUCUGAUUGCUGGGAUGUCUGCACACGCAUACUUACACAAAUAUACAUACACAUUACCAAACAGAAACACACUGACACAUACACCGUUGUAUACACACUGACAUAGAGGCACACACUGGCACAUACAAGCAUAGAUACACACACCUUGACAAACACAGAUAAACACUGGCACAAAGAUACACGGUGGCACAUACAAAAAUACAUACACUGACACAGAUGCACAAAUGGCAGAGAUAGAGAUAUAUAUAUAUAUAUAUAUAUAUAUAUAUAUAUAUAGAUAUAUAUAGAUAUAUAUAUAUAGAUAUAUAUAGAUAUAUAUAGAUAUAUAUAGAUAUAUAUAGAUAUAUAUAGAUAUAUAUAGAUAUAUAUAGAUAUUUAUGUAUGUAUGUAUGUAUGUGCACAUAAACGCACACAUAUGUUUAUAUUUGCAGUUACCCUCCUGUUCAUUUCUUUUUUUUUUUUUUCUUUCAGCAGGAGGGUGGCUUCUUUUAGUGCUGCUGGGUGAGGCAAAUGAGCCAGGUCAGCAGCUGCUCUCUCCCUUCAGCCAGCGUGCUUGAAGUCUGGGAACAUCUCAUACUUCACAAGCCCGGCCGCGAUCUUAAACAGCCGCCUCGCCUAACCGGUCCCCUGCUAAGUGGUAGGGCCACCCAAUGGGCAAAUCGAAGCAGAACCCCAGUUUUGUUCUCGCGGAACACCAAUUGGGAAACGCUGCUCUAAGCACAAUGACCACUUCACUGAUUUGAGUUGGUUGUGGUGCCUGUAUUAACAAUGUUUUGCUUUGAAACACUUUACAUGCAGAGGUUAACUCCUUAGCUGUUGAAGGGGUAACUCCACCUUUUUGUUGCACAGAAUGCUAGUAAGUACCUGAAAGCCGUGAGCUGAUGCUCUCUGCCAAUGAAUGGCGACCACCGCAGAUUCUGCAGAAGUCGGUAGCAUCUCGCUGAAUUAGCGGGAGCAUUGGAUUCUAGCAUGGACCCAGGUAAGGGGCUAACUGUUGAUAAAAGGUUUGCCCCAUUACCGGGGAACCAGGCGAGGAUAUCCUGACAUCACAUUCAGUGGGUUAGUCGUUUUAAUGCUUGUAAUAACUUUUUUAAGUAUUUAUAAAUAUACACGGAAGUAAAGAACAAUCGAUUAUCGGUCUCGCUUAUACUCUGUAUUUUCAGUAAUAUUGGUAUCUGCCUAUAACGAUACCAAUAUUGCAGAUAAGGCAGAAAGUGGCCUGGAACCAGUGCGCGCUAUUUGCAGGGCCUCUCUGCAUUUCUUGCAAGCCUUCGGCCAUCAGUGUUGCAACGGGUUACCACAGCAAUGCUCAGUGUGGCAAACGAGGCUCAUGAAAGUUAGAGAGAAGACAGAAGAUAGCGUGUGCUGGGUCUAGGACGUCGUUGAUAUAAUAUGAAACUGUAACAUAUUCCUCCUUACCUUGCGGUAUUUGCGCUCAGUUGCCGAGCGUCUGUAUUACAGACUCCUGCAACAUGUUAAUGGAUGCCGGCUGCUGCGGAUCCACGCCUUAUUAUGGCCCAACGUCCGCCCACGUUGAUGACGUCGGUGUGCGUAUGACGUCACGCGGGAGAUGCGCACGCAAGUUCUGGGGUGUAAUGCUGAUUUCGGCCAAUCAAAUUUGUAAAGGGCUUAUUUAAACUCGGUUUUACUUUUCCUCAUUGCCCUGUCGUGGUUUUCCUUAGUGGUUGUCUAAGAGUGUGUUCCUGAGCGUUUUAUUCUGGUUAUUAUUUUGUCUUUGUUUGACUUCCCUGUAUUCUGGUAUCUCUGACUAUUUUGGCUUUCCCUUAUCGUUGCAUCCCAUUCUGUGUCCCUGACCUCGGCAAGUAUCCUGACUAUUCUUUGGUAUGUUAAAUCCAGCCAUUCUAAGAACCAGUAGUCCUAUGUGUGAUACAAUUCUAGGUGCUGAAUCAAUCAAUAAUCCUGACAGAAACACCCUGGCUGCGUACACACUGGACCAACAGGGAGUGUAAUGCUCCACUCCCUGGCCACAGAUAAAGGCAGGGAGGGGGGAUAAAAUUGUGUGUAUGUGUAUGUAUUUCUGCUGUCUCACUGCUCAUUUCUCUGCCAUUUAGGAGUUAAAUCAUUUUGUUUAUACAGCCCUAGGCACACCACCUUGCAUGUGACUUUCACAGCCUUCCUAAACACUUCCUGUAAACAGUCAUCUGAUGUUUACACUUCCUUUAUUGCAAAUUCAGUUUUAUUUAUAUUUUAUCUCCUACUCUGCUAAUAGCUUGCUAGACCCAGCAGGAGCCUCCUGUAUGUGAUUAAAGUAAAAUUUACAGAGCAGGAGAAACACUUUUACACCAGGUCACAUCUCAUUUAAAAUAAAGCCAUUUUGUUUUAAUGCAGGCUGUCAGUCACAAACAAGUUGUGGCUAGGGCUGCAUAAACAAACAAAAAUGUUUUAAAUUCUAAAUGGCAUAUAAUUGAGCAGUGACACUUCAGAGGCACGAGCUAUACACUAAAACUGCUUCAUUAAGCUAAAGUUGUUUUGGGGACUACAGGGUCCCUUUAAAAAAAAAAAAAUUCCUCUGGGGGCGUAGCUUGGAGCUCGACGGGACCGGCCGCACGAAUGUGAAGUUCCCGCAGCUCAGGUCUAAAGGGGCUAAAAUAAACUGCAUUACGAGCAACUUGCUGACAACAAACUGGGCAUUUAUCUCCACCAUGUCGCAAAGAAGCAAAGGCAAGACCCCCAGAACGUAAAAGGCCUCCUUCCUUGCAAGAGCUUCGGCAGGGAAAGGCAGGGAAGGCCCGAUCCAAGAUGGCGGCGAACACUGCUCAGGCGCAGUCUCACCCUCCCCUCUGCCUUCACAGAGUUCGGCCUCAGAGGAGGAACCCCUCACAGUUACAGGGAUGAGAAACCUGAUGGCAGAGCUGUCUGACAAACUACAGGCAAGCAUAAAGGUACAGAUCCACACGCUUACCACGGACCUCCGAAAGGAGCUCCUAGAGAUAGGGAGCAUGACUGCCCACGUGGAGAAAUCAAUGGACGACUUCGCGGUGGCUCAUAAUAGCCUUGCGCUCACAAGGGCUGGAGACCUCAUUAGAAACCCAAAAACGUAAAGUAGCAGACCUGGAAGAUAGAUCCAAAAGGAACAACCUCUGUUUCAGGGGAGUACCUGAAUAAGUUCAGAACACAGAACUGAAUAAAUACCUGACCGACUUGUUUCAGGAAUUCCAAGCUACCCAUCCUGACUUCCUAGUAAUUGACAGAACUCACCGCCUGUGCAAACCCACCCACCCACCUACCUACUACGACCACGAUGUAUGUUAUCGCACGCGUUCAUUUCUACCACGUGAAAGAGCGCAUCACGAAGGCCUGUAGGAACGCAACCCUUCCCUAGCCAUACUCCAACAUCAAAGUCUUUGCAGACCUAUCGGCCACCACGCUGCAGUUUAGGAAAUCGAUGUCCCUGGUCACAACCACUCUCAACAAAACAGAAACAAGAAGUGGUCGAUGCCGUGGCGACAGAAACUGAAGGCCUGCACAAGUUACAGGACUGGGGUAUACCAGUACCAAGACCCCUGGCAUCCUUGCUGGCUAAAGUCACCAGACGGACGCCGGAAUGGACACCCGCCCAAGGGCAGAAAGCCUGUAGGGUAUCGUAUAUAACUGCAAAUCAUAUGUCCUUGCCUGUGAGAUGUUCCAAAGUUUAUACAGGUGAUACUCGAAAAAUUAGAAUAUCUUCCAAAAGUUCAUUUAUUUCAGUAAUGCAAUGUAAAAGGGGAAACUAACAUAUGAGAGACGCAUUACAUGCAAAGCAAGAUAGUUCAAGCCGUGAUUUGUCAUACAUGCGAUGAUUUUGGCUUACAGCUCAUGAAAACCCCAAAUCCACAAUCUCUGUAAAUUAGAAUAUUACAUGCAAUCAAUAAAACAAGGAGUGUACAUAGAACAAAAUCGAACCUCUGAAAAGUAUAAGCAUGCGUAUGGACUCAGUACUUUUAUUUUGGCCCCUUUUGCAGCAAUUACUGCCUCAAUGCGGCAUGGCAUGGAAGCUAUCAGCCUGUGGCACUGCUGAGGUUUUAUGGAAGACCAAGAUGCUUCAAUAGCAGCUCUUCUGCAUGGCUCAGUCUCAUGUCGCUCAUCUUUCUCUUGGUAAUGCCCCAUAGAGUUUGCUGGCCAAUCAAGUGCAGUAAUCCCACAGUCAUUGAACCAGGCUUUGGUGCUUUUGGCAAUGUGGGCAGGUGCCAAGUCCUGCUGGAAAAUGAAGUCAGCAUCUCCAUAAAGCUCGUCUGCGGAAUAAAGCAGUAAGUGCUCCAAAAUCUCCUGGUAGACUGCUCCUUUGACCCUGGACUUAAUGAAGCACAGUGGACCAACACCAGCAGAUGACAUGGCUCCCCAAAUCAACACAGACUGUGGAAACUUCACACUGGACCUCAAGCAUCUUGCAGUGUGUGCCUCUCCAGACUCUGGGUCCUUGGUUUCCAAAUGAGAUGCAAAAGUUGCUCUCAUCAGAAAAGAGGACUUUGGACCACUGAGCAACAGACCAGGUCUGUUUUUCUUUAGCCCAGGUAAGACGCUUCUGAUGAUGUUUGUUGUUCAGGAGUGGCUUGACAAGAGGAAUAUGACAUCUGAAGUCCAUGUCCAGGAUCCAUCUGUAUGUGGUGGCUCUUGAUGCACUGACUCCAGCCUCAGUCCACUCCUUGUGAAAGUCCCCAACACUUUUGAAUGGCAUUUUCCUGACAAUCCUCUCCAGGCUGCGGUCAUCCCUGCUGCUUGAGCACUUUUUUCUUCCACACUUUUCUCUUCCACAUAACUUUAUAUUAAUGUGCUUUGAUACAGCACUUUGGGAACAUCCAACUUCCUUCGCAAUUACAUUUUGAGGCUUUCCCUCCUUAUGAGGGUGUCAAUGAUGGUUUUCUGCACAACUGUCAGGUAAUCAGUCUUCCCCAUGAUUGGGAUUCCUACUGAAUCAGACUAAGAGACCAUUUAAAGGCUCAGAAACCCUUUGCAGGUGUUGUGGCUUACUUAGCUGAUUAGAGUGGGACACGGUGAGCCUAGAAUAUUGCACCUUUUCACAAUAUUAUUAUUUUAUUUUAUUAUUUAUAUAGCUCCAUCAAAUUCUGUAGUGCUGUACAGUGGGUGGACUAACAUAAAUGUAAUUGUAACCAGACAACUGGAUGUACAGGAACAGAAAGUGUUAUAGCAGCGCCCCCCCCAGUCACCCUAAACUAUUCAUUGAACACUUUUCCUCCUGGUUACCCCACUUUCUUUCCUCUAGCAUUCCCUCUCUCAUACUUGGGGACUUCAAUAUCCCUAUCAACAAGGUCAACUGCCCUGAUGCCUCUCGUCUGCUCUCUGUAACCUCCUCCUUUGGACUCACACAGAUUUCUUCCUCAGCAACUCACACUGCAGGAAACACUCUUGACCUCAUCUUCACCAAUCUCUGUACCACCUCUCCAACCUCGCAGAAACCUCAACUCCCUCGAUCUCCAGCACUUCUCCACCAAACUCCAAACACUCCUUUUACCCAUCUCAAAUCAUAACUGCCCUAACUCUGCAACCUCACUCUACAACUCCACUCUCUCCUCUCAACUUGACAUCAUGGCACCUCCUACAGUUAAAUGCAGCAAGCGCCCCCAACUACAAUCCUGGCACACCAAGCUGACCUGUUACCUCCAAAAAUGUUCCAGAACUGCUGAACGCUGCUGGAGAAAGUCUCACUUUGCAUCUGACUUUGUCCACUAUAAAUUUAUGCUGCGCUCUUACAGCAUGGCUCUUUCCUCUGCAAAAGUAAGCUACUUCAACACCCUCAUAAGCACACUGUCCCACCAACCCAAACACCUGUUUCACACUUUUGAUGCACUUCUUUGCCCUGUGACUCCCCCUCCUUCCACCACCUUGUCCGCCACAAACUUUGCAUCUCAUUUCACUGAGAAGAUCUCUACAAUCAGGAAAGAGAUCUCUAAUCUUUCUCCAACCAGUAUCAAUACAUCACCCAACCCCACUCCUUCUGCCAUCCUAAGCUCAUUUGCACCUGCUACAGCACAAGAGGUUUCUGCUCUGCUCCGGUUCUCCCGCUCCAUCACCUGUUCCCUCGAUCCUAUUCCUUCAUAUCUCAUCAGCACUAGGUCUCCCUCUCAUGCUCUUCCCCUCACUAAAAUUUUCUCUCUCUCCCUUUCCUCUGGCACAUUUCCCUCACCCUUCAAACAUGCAAUUGUAACCCCAAUUAUGAAAAGGCCCAGCCUUGACCCCAACUCCCCAUCCACCUACCGCCCUAUGUCGCUACUGCCAUUUGCCUCCAAGAUCCUUGAGAGAGUUGUGUACACCAGACUGACAUUCUCAAAAUCAACUCUCUGCUUGACCUUCAGUCUGAAUUCCGCGCUGGUUACAUAGUUACAUAGUUACAUAGCUGAAAAGAGACUUGCGUCCAUCAAGUUCAGCCUUCCUCAGAAAUGUUGUUGCUGUUGAUCCAAAAGAAGGCAAAAAACCUGGUCUGAGGCACUUCCAAUUUUGCCACAAACUAGGAAAAAAUUCCUUCUUGACCCCAAAAUAGCAGUCAGAUGUCUCCUUGGAUCAAUCAGCUAUUACCCCACUAAUUAGAAAUUAUAUCCCUGUAUGUUAUGUUUUUGUAAGUAUUUAUCCAAUUUCAGUUUAAACAUCUGUAUGUAAAACCACCUCUUCAGGCAGAGAAUUCCAUAUCCUUAUUGUUCUUACUGUAAAAAACCUUUUCUUUGCCUUAGAUGAAAUCUCCUUUCUUCCAGCCUAAAUGUGUGACCUCGUGUCCUAUGUAUAACCCUGUUUAUGAAUAGAUUUCCAGAUAAAGGUUUGUACUGGCCCCGAAUAUAUUUGUAUAAAGUUAUCAUAUCCCCUCUCAGGCGCCGUUUUUCCAAACGAAACAGAUUUAAUUUUUGUAACCUUUCUUCAUAACUAAAAUGCUCCAUUCCUUUUAUCAAUUUUGUAGCUCGUCUCUGGACCCUCUCCAGUGCCAUGAUAUCCUUCUUUAGAACAGGCGCCCAAAAUUGCACAGCAUAUUCAAGGUGUGGUCUUACCAGCGAUUUAUAAAGAGGCAAAAUUAUAUUUUCAUCCCGAGAAUUUAUGCCCCUAUUUAUACAUGACAAAAUCUUACUGGCCUUAGCAACUGCAGAUUGACAUUGCAUAUUGCUGCCUAAUUUGUUGUCUAUAACAAUGCCCAAAUCCUUCUCGUGUGUGGUUAUCCCUAAUUCACUACCAUUUAGUGUGUAAGUUGCUUGUGCAUAACUUUGCAUUUCUCUAUGUUAAAUUUCAUCUGCCAUUUUAGUGCCCAGUCCCCCAAUCUAUCCAAAUCUCUCUGCAACAAAGCAAUAUCCUGCUCACAUUUUAUUACUUUACAAAGUUUUGUGUCAUCUGCAAAUACUGAUACAUGGCUUUCAAUGCCUAUAUCAAGAUCAUUUAUAAAUAUUUUAAAUAGAAGUGCUCCCAAAACAGAACCCUGAGGGACACCACUUACCACUUUUGUCCAGCCUGAAAAUUUACCAUUAAUGACAACUCGUUGUACUCUGUCCUUAAGCCAAUGUUCUACCCAAGAACAGGAAUAUUCAUCUAGACCAAUUUCUUUUAGUUUGAAGACUAACCUAUUGUGAGGAACCGUAUCAAAUGCCUUGGCAAAGUCCAAGUAGAUCACAUCCACUGCAACACCCUGAUCUAUACUUCUACUUACUUCUUCGUAGAAUGCAAUUAGGUUAGUUUGACAUGACCUAUGUUUCAUAAAACCAUGCUGAUUAUUGCUAAUAACAAAGUUCUUCCCAAUGAAUUCCUGAAUAUUAUCCCUUAAUAGCCCUUCAAAUAUUUUCCCAGUUACUGAAGUUAAGCUCACAGGUCUAUAAUUUCCAGGCAAGGAUUUUGAACCCUUUUUUAAAUAUAGGAACAACAUCUGCCUUCCUCCAAUCCUCCGGUACAACACCUGAAACAAAAGAAUCUUGAAAAAUUAAAUACAGAGGUUCACUUAUUUCCCCACUUAGCUCCUUAAGUACUCGUGGGUGAAUACAGUCAGGCCCCGGAGCUUUAUUUACAUUAAUUUUCUUUAAUAGCUGUAGCACCUUGUCUCGAGUUAUCCAGUCACAAGUUAUUUGCAAGUUUUUUGCAGCAAACAUUUGCAUAUCUCUUGCCAUAGGAUCCUUAUUAAUAUAUACUGAAGAAAAUAGUUAUUUAAAAUUUCUGCUUUUUCCUGGUCUUCAUUAGCUAAUAAACCCAACUCUGUUUUGGUCAUUCUGUCGAAAUAGCUGUGACCAAAGUAUCAAACGAUUUAAUUGCUGCUAAAUCUCGCAGCCAUUACUCUAUCCUAAUUCUCCUUUCUGCUCCCUUUGACACUGUUGAUCAUCAUCUUCUUCGCAUCCUCCGUAAUUUUAGUCUACGGGAUACUGCUACUGAUACUCCUCCUACCAGUGCUCUUUCAGUGUUUCUUUCUCUGCCUCUUAUUAUUAUUUUUAUUAUUUAUAUGGCGCCAACAAAUUCCGUAGCGCUGUACAAUUGGUGGACUAACAGACACAUAAUUGAGAUCAGACCACUGACGUACAGGAACAGAGGGGGUUGAGGACCCUGCUUGAUGAGCUUACAUGCUAGAGGGAGUGGGGUAUAGUGACACAAAGGGUUAAAGUAAGGGAAUUAAAUAGUUUGUUACAGAAGGGUUUAUGGAGUGCUUGGUAGGUCAUUUUUGACAGGUGCAGGAACGGAGUCAUGGGGUGGGGGUCAAGAGUGUUUCCUGCUGUAUGAGUUGCUGAAUUUGACAACUGCGUGAGGCCAAAGGAGGAGGUUACGGGGAGGCAUCAGGGCAGUUGAGGUUAUUGAUUGGGAUGUUAAAGUCUCCAAGUAUGAGGUAGGGAGUGCUAGAGGAUAGAAAGUGGGGUAUGUAGCUGAUUUCCCACAGCUUAACUCCACUGGUGUAUUAGAAUAAUUCAGGAACAAGUAGUAAAUCCAAUAGGGUAACAAGCACAAUCAGCAAGGCAAUCCAAUAAUAUCCCAUCACCUUUCCCAAUCACUGGACGACACACAGUAUCAGGAGUAGAACUGAAGUUUAAUGUCACAUUUCCUGCUUUUAUGGGAUUCUCCCAUGCAAGGGAGGUAUCCACCAUAAUUGCUACAGUAACCAAUCACAUAGACGUUACCUCCCACACAUCUCCUCCACUUAGCUUAACAGUUAACAUAAUUUAUAAUGUGCAUACUUUUCCCCAAUUCUUGGAUGUACCCCAAAUAUGGUAGGUACACCUUUAAAUGUGGUAGCCCUGAUCUGGGUGAGAAACAUAUUCAAAAAUCACCCAGAUCAGACCAGGGGUUCGGGAGUUAUGAGGACGCAAGAUUUGACCGACCGCACGGGCAAAGUAGCCAAAAAUAGUUCAAUGAGUUUUGGCCCUGCGGUUGGUCUCUGUUCGUGCAUCAAAAGUCCCGAAAGUCUAUGCCAUCUAUGGUUGAGUUCGCAUUCGGAUGAAUCCCCUAGUUCGUGGGAUUCAUCCUACCGAACGACGGGCCGUUCGUGUGUUUUAAUCGGUACUUUCUUAAGUCCUGGAGGUCUUAAUGGUGUUCGGUUAGUCAAGUAUCUGAUUUGAGUUCCAGACACUCGACGGCCAAACACCGCUGUUCGGGAGUUUAAGAUGGCCGCCGCCACGUGUUCGGCUGCCGAAAUGGCGGCCACCCAGGAAGUACAGCAGAGCGUUCGUGUGUUUAAACCAGGGGAAUGGAACGAGCAUACAUGGAGGUAAAUUACAGCCACACUUCACACCAAGGUGGUCCGGUUGUUCGGAACUUUAGUUCGGAUGGUGAAUACAGCAGUUCACAUGCAGACUAGUACAUCUUUUUACCGAACAACUUGAUGAAUCUUAGUAUGGCCACAUAUGGUUGUAUGCAAAUCUGUAUAGUCCAGGCACAGGAAAAACUCUUAAGUUCCAACAAUAAUAUAAAGGGAAUGUAUUGGACAGCCAAAGGGUUUCAGCCAGGAAGAAAAUUGUUCAAUGAAUAGCCUAGGAUGUCCGGGAGAUAGAUGAUGGCAAUUCUUAAAGGAGUGGACUUAAAAAAGACAGUGUGAACUGUGAAUAUUCUAAUUUACUGAGAUUGUGGAUUUGGGGUUUUCAUGAGCUGUAAACCAUAAUCAUCGCACUUAUGACAAAUCACGGCUUGAACUAUCUUGCUUUGCAUGUAAUAUGUCUAUCUCAUAUAUUAGUUUCCCCUUUUACGUUGCAUUACUGAACUAAAUGAACCUUUUCACGAUAUUCUAAAUUUUUCAGAUAUGACCUGUAUUUCUAUUUGUUUUUACAUGGUUUAGAGUGGACUAACAAUCUGACUCUCUGCGUCUAUGGUUAGAAUCCGACACUGCCCGAUUCGCAAAGAUCUUUAACAGAUCGUAUAUUAGAUGUGCAGAGCACAGAGGCGAUUAGAGUUACACGCAAAACAAAACUCCUAUCCGGUACCCUGAAUACGUACUAGCUGAUCAACUCUAACACUAGGGUGUAUCAUAUAUACUUAUGUACCGCACACAAAGUGCUACCCCACCUUUCCUUAGGCUUCCCAGUAGCCCCAACUGGGCCCUAAGACCAAAGUGACUCUGGGUUAUGGAGAUCCUCAAAGCCGCCCCCCAUCCCGUUUGGGUCUGGAUAAGCCGGAUCACACUGCUGCUCAGAUAAGCUCAGAGCCACCACAUAUCACACCUCUGGUAAAGCCAUCAAAUACUUAGCAGCAAGGAUCAGGGCCAGAUUGACCCAGACUAAAAUUUCCCAUAUAAUAGACGACGGUAAUAAACACAAGCGAUUAGCACUGCGUUCGCAGCUUUUUACAACCUCCCAAAUGGAUGACACUAGGUCCCACCCCCAUUCCUCUGAAGCCGCCCAAUACCUAGCAGACGUCACACUGCCCAGGUUGUCAGAUGAACAAUGCCAAGCCCUACUGCAGCCUAUCGCUGUACAAGAAAUCACUCAAACCAUUAAACAGCUCCUCCCGGGGAAGUCCCCAGGUGCAGAUGGACUCUCCAACGCAUACUAUAAGGAGUUUGAUGCCACACUGGCUCUGCAGCUUCUGGAGGUGUACCAGCAGACCGCAACUACCGGCAGCCUGCCCCCUGAGGUUUCAUUGGCUACAAUAGUGACAAUCCCCAAACCUGACAAACCCCUAGAUACGAACUAUAGACCCAUAUCUUUACUCAACACGGAAGCAAAAAUACUUGAGAAUAGACUGAGCACAAUCCUACCACAUUUGAUUAAUGAUGACCAGACUGGUUUUGUGAGGGGCAGACAAGGCUUAGACAAUACCCAAAAACUAGCACUCGUACAACGGGAGUGCGGGAGAUCUGGUCGAGAGGGUCUCCUCUUAAUGCCGAAUGCGGAGAAGGCUUUUGACCGCCUCGGCUGGGCCUUCCUGAAAGUAUUAGACAAAUUCGGAUUCCCCCCCUCCCACAAAUAAUCCGACAAAUCUUUGCACUAUACUCCUCGCCCUCAGCACAGGUAAACCAGGCCGUUUUUUUUUUUAUCACCCACCUUGGACAUUACAAAUGGGACGAGACAGGGGUGCCCCCUAUUCCCACUUUUAUAAUUCCUUGCACUGGAACCGCUCCUGCACCUUAUACAACAAAACGAGACAAUACAUGGAACACACCUGGGAGACAGGCAGAUUAAGAUCAGCGCAUUUGCAGAUUUCUUAUUACUGUAUAUAGUGAACCCCCAAGACUCCCUACCUACACUACUACAGCUGCUUAAGGCUUAUGGACAGGUCUCAUAUUACUCAGUUAACGCGCCCAAGAUGCAGGUCCUGCCUAUUGGCAUCCCAGCCCUGGUGCUCCGCACCUUCAUGCAAACCUAUGACUUGGACUGGAGAACUGAAUCCGUAUGUUAUUUAGGACUGACCAUUACCAAAAACCCCGCAAACCUCAUGGUGGCAAAUUAUGUCUCCGUUUGGAAUAAGUGCAGUCAGCUACAUCACCGAUGUACCUACCCUGGACAGACCACAUAGUGAUGCUGAAAAUGUCCAUAUUACCAAGACUACUGUACCUCUUCCACACCCUCCUCCUCCGCCUCCCUCCCUCGUAUUUCAAGACCAUUCAGGCUGACCUGGGUAAGUUUGUGUGGGCGGGAGGCAAAACCAGAGUAUUACAAGCCCCCAAAAAACUGGGUGGUCUGGCAUUGCCCAAUGUCCAAGCCUAUUACCACGCAGCAGUAUCAGCCAUGGCUAUCCCCCAUAUCAUCUCUGAGCCCAGACCACAAUGGGUUUUACUAGAGCGAGAUCAAUUGGGCAAUCGUGAAAUCCCACACUUGCUUUGGACUCGUCAUACCUCAGACCUGAUCUACCCUUGCUUCCCCUUCAGAUGCUGUUGUUGUUUCAGAUCUUGGAUAAAUACAGACCCAGGCUGGGCAGCACCGCCAAGGCGCAACGCACCUUUAACACCUAUUUACUGCUAAUAGACUCCUGGACUACACAAGCUUAGCUGCUAUAUAUGCACUGCCACAGUCCUCGCUGUACUCAUACCUCCAACUAAAAUCCUAUAUGUCCAGAGAAGUGAAACGCUGCUUAGACACUUCCAGGGAUGCAAAUAGGAUUAUUGCAUGGGAACAAAUGUGUAUAACUGCAAAAUUAUUGCCUCAUUGUAAACCGGUCUCCAUGUGUCUUAGCUCCAUAGCAAAUUAUAGCCAUUUCUUCACUACCAAAUAUGCCCGACAAUGGGAGAGCGAUCUUCGCUGUACAGUGCCACCCAAAUCCUGGGACACUAUUCUAUCCGACCCACUCAAAUUACUAAUCGACAUCCCACAUUGAACAGCACCGUAAAGUACUGUACCGUUGGUACGUGGUGCCGACCAGACUGCAUAAGAUCUUUCCCUCCACCUCACCACUCUGUUGGAGAUCCAUAGACAAGUUGUGGAACUGCACUCAGCCCUUCGCCCUGGAAUCCUAGGGUGCUCUUGGAUCAGUCCCAGUACCAAGGAGACCAAAUAUAUCAUAUCAUAUAUUAGUAGAAAAGUAAUCCAGGCACUCCAAAAUGUUCCAAAGAAUAGGCAAUUUUAUUGGACCCAAGAACCAAAAUGCAACGUUUCGACCCCUUAGGGCCUUUGUCAAGCUACUAAACACACUUCUUACAAACAAUAUAUAGGUGCAAAAAUAAUUAACAAGUGAUAAAACAUGUGAACUACUACAAUCAAUUAAUUACAUAAUAAUUAAGCAAUUGUCUAACAUAAUCAUCCCUCCAAUCAUAUUCCCACAUAUAAGGAAUGUCAAAGCAUCACAGGAUAAUACAACCAAUAAAAUGCUAAGUUAAUUAUUCAAUCGUAAAAAAAGAGUAUUUAUAAUUACACAUAAUGAGACAAACUGGUUUUAAAUGAAUUGGAAACGCCAGGACACCAUAGAUUACUUACAUUUCUGGUUUGAUUAUAAAUCACUGGUUACAUGACCACGUCUGACAUACAGAACACGCCCAGAUGCCCUAGUCAUUGCUUGCAGGCACCUGGUUGAAAUCUGUAGAAUUCCUUGAAGAUUGAAAUCUCAUCUCAUGCUCCCCAAUUUUGCCUUUGCCACACCUCCCAUGUGUCUCUCCCCAACCUUUACAAUCACUCCUUGUAUCACCCCCUGCCUUGUGUCUCUUCACAUUACUCUUUUUCUGUGACUAUGCCUUUUUCACACUCCUCAUCUAGCUCUACAUAGCCCCCUAUUUUACACUGGCAGUCCUCCUCUUAGCAAUAUACGUGGAAGAUGACCGCUUUCUUUGCCAGGCUGCAGUUCAACUCCCCACCAUUCAUACACAAGGUAAUGUAUGAGUAAUGUAUGAGCAAUGUAUCAUUUUCAAUUCCACUAUUUCUCAACCUUCACACAUGACCCAAGUUGUAAAGUUGAUGAAGAGACCUGUUGCCAGUUUUCGCAUAACGGGGCCUACAAUUGACGCGUUUACAUUGACUGCUGAGAUUUUAUUUGAGGGCAGACGCACAUGCUCAGUUAUUGUUACGUGUAACUUUGUUUGCGAAGGACUGCGGGCUAGUGGUCAUGCAUUCAUGGGCUGAAUUUGGGCUGCAGGUUGUAUAUACAUGAGCAUGUUUUCUAAGGGAGUGAGGAAGGGAACCAUUCUGGGAUGUCAGUUGUUACUAAGGGAUUCUAGAGACACCAUUUACAUUUGAAAUGAGCUAUUUUGUGAAAUAAGACCAAGGGCACAGCAUGUUAACCUGUAAAGCUUUACAGCAGGAUGAAGUGUUUUUUUUUGUUUUUUGUUUUUUUUAAACUAGAAGCAUUGAACUUUGAAUCUUAUUGUGAAACACUGCUCAAAUAUACAAGGCCCUAUGUUAGACCAUCUUCAGCAACUGCAUGGUUAAGGGUCAUGCAAUCAUUUCUCAGAAACUCCUAUUGUCCUAGAUUUGAGAUACUUUAGAACCAAGUAAAGUAUUUCUAGUUCUCUGCAAAUAAGCUGUGUAAAACAUUUGGUAGCUGUUUAAUCCAUGCAUACCACUGGCAGAAAUAUCAGAGAGGUUCCUGGUGCAAUAAUUAUUUGGGCCCCUCUUUUGGAAGGAUGGCCAAAAAGUAGAUCCUCAUUGUUGUGCAAAUCCCACAAUGCUUUGCCAGCUGGGAAUCUACCAUUUUGCUUAUCCAUGCAUGGUUGUGUUUAGCACUGAGACUUGUUCGAAUGUAGGCUUGUUUUUGUAUGGGUUAAGUGUGUGUGUGAAUGUUGGAGUGUAUUUUUGUGUACUUUUCCAUUUGAAUGAAGUUGUGUUUUUAUGUACUAUUGCCAUUUGAAGCAGUGGUGUACUUGUGUGUAGUGUUUGCUUUUGAAUGUAGGGGUGUGUUUAUAUAUACUACUUGGUGUUUUAAUACAGCGGUAUAUUUGUGUGUAGUGUUGGCAUGCAGAGAUGUAUGCACAUAUACACAUGCACUCCCAGACACACCGAUAUCAACACUGACACACACACACAGAUAGAUAGAUAGAUAUAUAUAUAUAUAUAUAUAUAUAUAUAUAUAUAUAUAUCUCUAUAUAUAUCUCUAAUAUAUACAUACACACACUGGCAUAUCUGCUGGCUGGGUUUGUUGGGAGUCAGUUUUCGCCAGCCUUCCCCCCCACCGCUUCAUCUCAUCCUGCACAACUCUACGUUAGCUGGCAGGAUAUUACCUGAUAUUAUGUGGGCUUAGCGUGCAGGUAGAUCCGCCGUUGCAGACCACAUCUAUACACUGUGCUGACACAUGAUGGCUUAUGUCUAAAACAGAUGCACUAUCACCUUGUGUUUUUUUUUAAAUUUUUUAUUUAUUUAUUUAUUUAUACAUAUUCAUACUAUAUUGUGAGUUUGAGUGGCUAAUCUCACUGUUUAUUGACCGCUACAAACUGUCAAGAGUGAAAUUAUCAUACUGCCCCCCUGUCAGAAGAGUAAAAUGUGUCCUACCUCCUUGGCUGAGAUCAUCAGUCUUGACGAUCUCUGCCAAUCCAAUGUUUUCCCAUAAGAAUGCAUUGGGAGUCUAUUGCACAUGCGCGGCAAAACACCAUGCUAUGCCAGUCAGCAUCUCCUCAUAGAAAUGCUUUGAAUGAAUGCAUCCUUGAGGAGCUUUCAACGCCUCCAAACAGAGCGUGGAGAUUCUGAAUGUCGGUGCUGCACGUUGUUCAGCAGUUACCCAGGUAGCACCUCUAGUGGCCAUCUGAGGGACUGCCACUGGAGGUGUUCCUAGGCAGUAAUGUAAACACUGAUUUUUUUAUUUUAUUUUUUUAUUGUUUUUAUUUUUUAUUUUUUCUGAAAACCGGUCAAGCAGUUAGAUAUGUAAUACACAUUGUACAGAAUUUGCCAGAUAAGUAACAGUAGAUUAGUAGUACUUCAUUUUUAUAUAAUGAAAACAAGCAAAGACAGUCUAAACCAGCAUGUCUUUACUAACAGUAGGUGCUAUACCUGAAAAUGGAAAAGUAUGCUAGAAAUGUAGAUGGAAGAUCUGCCUCAGUUGUAAAGAAUAGAUCAAGAAAGAUCAGGCAUACAAUUUGUUGCAGAAAAGGCAUGACAUGUGAAGCACUUCAUAUGUAAAGCCAUGUAAAUGCAAGUCUAGCUAGAUUUAUAUGUCUGCAAACAUGCAAUGGCUACAAAAAAUGCUGACAUGGUAAAUCUCCAAGUAGCAGAGAGAUGCUGGGUGAAAUACAAGGUUGAAAUAACCACGGUAGUCUGAACCCACUAUAAACACACUGCACUGCCUGAACCCAUAUUCAAAAGGGAAAAAGAAAAAUAUACAUGACAGGUCAGCAGCUAGGCUUGGAAGGCCUGAAAUGUCGAAUAGAUGCAGGAUAGCAUCCAUCACUAGCUGGGAAAGUUCAGAAUGGAUUAAAGAGGACUACUUCUCUAAAUAUAAAGGCAGUUGUCAUUCAAUACCAAGAUUUGCAAGUCGAGUAGAUGCUGCAGGGAGGUUGUAGAUAAUGGCGGCAAGACAGGAGGAAGCUGGACUAUCCCACCAGCUUCAGGCCUGAGGAAAGGCCAGCAUUGCUGAGCCACUGACUCGGAGGCUCUUAGAGUAGGAAAAAAGCAGAAGGCAUUGAUGUUUUGUCGCGGUCUGCAGCGAUGGGACUUCUGCUUGCGUGGAUGAUGCAUCGGGGUUGAGCCCCUGUUGGCCUUCGGCCUGGACAGGCAAGAGCCGAGAAAAACGGGCUCCUCUGCAUAAGCGUCAACGGAAGGCGUCCCAUGCACCACUGCUUCUUAAGCCACUCCAGAUGUCGAGACAUUGUUGUAGACAUGCGGGCCUUAAUUAUUGCCCAGAAGCUGUCGGAAAUCUCAUCAAACCCGCCCAGGCUUUGUCAGUUCAUGUCUGUUAGCUGAGAAUGCCUUUACCAUUUCUGGAACAAAAGAUUCUGGUGAAGCUGUGUUUUAAUCCUCCCCAUGUUUUAUUUUGUGGAAAUUUUUCUACUGCAAACAAUAUUUGUAUUGUGCUAUGGUUCUCUAUUACAAUAACCAUCAUGUAUGUAUUUGCCCUUGAUUCUUCCCAUAAUCCAACCACUAAAACACUGGGUAAUCUCACCUCUCUGUAAAUCCUCUGUACCGUGUGAUUGCAGAUGAAAGCCCAUCACCAACCCAGUAGCAAGGACCAUGCAGACAGAUCUCACCCGAGGGACUCCUUGACACCUAUUGGGGAGGUGGCUUUGGGCUAUAACUCUGGCUGACAGCGAAACCCUCUGGUAUCUUGAUACUUAAUCUCUGCUGUUACUAUAACUGCUAGAAGGUCUAUGCCCUGUAGGUACAAUAAAACCCUGCAAUGCUCAACUGCCUAGAAUCCUAGACCUUCAGGUGGUCAUUAAGGGGCUAAUUGCAGAAAUUGUUUUUAGUAAGACACUUUCAGUUUAUCAGAACAGACUCUCCCCAAGCCACACCUCCAUUAACAUAACUACAGCUAAAGUGUCCCAAUGUGUCCAUUUGAAAUGUUGGGAUGUAUGCCUAUUUGCUUCUUUAAUAAACCUCCUCCAAACUUGAGCACAACUGUAGUUUAAAUGGGCAAUUUUGUGAACCAUUUAUUUAAAAUUGCCAUUUCGUUGUAGCAUGAAACAAAAGCACACAUUGAUUUGUGCAGGCUGAUUUGGAAGGCUUAGGUCUACAGAUCAGUUUUCUUUCUUUAUAACUUUCUUUCUAACUUUCUUUCUUUUCUAGUUAUAAUAUCUCACCUCCAUGUAUGUAGUACUGUUCUGUAUUUAGGAUCUGACUUAAAGGCUUAAAAAUAUCUACACUGAAAGUGUUAGCAGUGUGGAGUCUUCGCUUGAUGAUCUUACCGUUAAUAAUUUGUGAGAGUAACAUUUUUCAUAGCGCUUCCUCCUGCCAGUCACUUAGUGUGGCGUGGGGAGCAUGAAGGGGCAGGGGGGUUUAGGGGACACAGACACACCGAAACAUACAAUGCAUCCUACAAUCACACAGAAACACACUAUGCAUACCUUACAAACUCACACAAUGCAACCUUGCACACAUACACAUAAGCAAACAAUGCAUCCCUUACACCAGGGCUCGACAAAUCCCAGGUUACUAUGGCGAGUAAGAAUUUUGCCUCGGCGCCUGGAAUUGGUUGGCCCGUUUCCUCCUGCAGGGGAAUUGCAAGCUUGAAGGCAGCAUUUAAAGACUGCCAGCUUGCCGCCCGCCCGCAUUCCUCUGAGCCCGCCCACCCACAUUGCACAAAGCUGGUCAGCCGACUCCCAUUUUACAGAGUCGGCCCGCAAGUAUGUCGAGCCGCUGUCCUCAGAGCCGACCCUCCACUCCGCUUCUUUAAGCAGAGCCGGGUGCCCGCCAUUAUCCCUGCGCGCCAGUAUGAAGUAAUCACAGUUCCCUUCACUUCCUCCUGGCCCACAGAGAUCUGCACAGGGCUGAAGACAGGAGAUGGGGAAGUCUGGAACACCGGCAGCUGCUCCCAUCAGCUGCAUUAGCCUCCACUAACCUAUUGUCAUUUGCUCCUGCCCAGUCCCACUGGACCCCAGGGAAGCCACACACCUGAGCCAAAAAGGUAGGAAAGAGGAGGGUGGCUAAAAAUAUGUAUUUAAAUUGUGUGUGUGUGUAUAUCUGUUAUGUCUGUUUGUAUCUGUGUGCAUCUGUGAAUCUUUGUGUGUGCGUGUGCAUUUGAGUGUAUCAAAUAAUACUGUGUGUGUGUGUGUUGGGGGGGUCUGUCUGGGGUGUGUGUGGGGCAGGGCCGCCACCAUAAAUUUUGGGGGUGGGAGGGAGGGGUUGGGGGAGUGGUCGGUGGUUGUGUGUGUGUGUGUGUGUGUGUGUGUGUGUGUGUGUGUGUGUGUGUCAGUCUGGGGUGGGUGUGUGUGUGUUGGGGGGGUUGUACGUUUACGUCACCAGCCCCCUCUGAUCUCAUGGGAACGAUGUUCUUACUCACCUUUUUUCCAACGCCAUGUUGGUCUUUUGCAGCUGGCCAGCCUCCAUAGCUAAGAUUAUCAAUUACCGAUCCGAAUUUCCUCAUAGAGAUGCAAUAAAUCAAUGCAUCUCUAUGGGGAAUGUUCAGUGCCUCCAUGCUAAGCUUGAAGAUGCUGAAUGUAGGUAGACCACUAGUGGUGUUACUAGGCAGCAAUGUGGAGGACACUGCCUUUUCUCUGAAAAGGCAGAGUUUAUUUUAAUCUAUAGACACCAGACCACUACAUUAAGCUGUUGUUACCUAAAGUAAAUGACCUACAACAAAGUAUGGAAGGAGUUAUUCACUUUACUUAUUUGGCAGCUUGAAAACUUUUAAAAAAUUCAGUUCCCUUCAUGUUUAAGGCCUGAAACUCUUCAGCUUUCAUUCCCUUUUUGGGUUAAUGAGCAAUGGAGGAAGUACACGACACGAUGUAUAUUGCAAAUCCUCUAUAUCCCUAUGUAAAUACAAUUUUGGGCUCAAUGGUGAAGUCAGCUGCCUUAAUGUUGGCAAUAAGAGAAUGUUCACUGCCUGUCCUUUUGCUUUCACAAGGCUCAAGGGCUAAACCCAUAAUGCUAGAGAAGGCAGAGCAUAAUGUGCUCUUGCAGUAUAUCUUUGACAAAUGUUGGUCAAAACUCAGAAGCCUGAAAAAAACAUUUUACUACUUAGGAGGUAAAAUUAUAUUGAGGUAGUUUACCUAUUUAAUGUUGAAAAAAUAGUGUUUGAUAUAUAUAAUUUUUUUAUUUAUUUUUUGGAGUAUAUGCUCUCUUCUGUUACAGCAACCUUUUUCUGCUGAGACAGUUUACAUUUUAUAUACCCAUGGCACAAUAACAAUUUAAAUUUAUGACUCUAGGAGGUCCUUGGCGCUUCUUUACCAAUCAGUGGCACCCCAGUCCUAGAAUUUAUCUGCAUGGAGGAGGGGUAGCGCAUACACCGUAAAAUGUAGCACUUGUCCAGUCAACUUCUCUCUGAGAAGCAUUGAUUGAAGAACCCAUUGUGACUGUUAUUGCAGGCAGUGCUUGUAGUAGACAUCAGUAACAUUGUUGUACCUAAGAAAUUGUAAUGUUUUAAAUUGCUGGACUAAAGCUACAGGACCACUGCACCCAGACCUAAUUGACAUGAAGUGGUCUGAGUGCCUGAAGUAGUCUUUUAAAAGAAAAUUGUGUGAAACUGUUCAGGAAUAUAUGACUCAAAUUCUUAUUUGCAAUUGGUUGGGAUUUGGUUUACUGAUGACUCCAGAUUAUACACAUACACAGGAAUGCAUUAAAAAACAAACAAAAAAUUUUGUAAUAAAAAGACAGCACAAUUAUGCUGCUACCUCAAAUGUGAUCAGGAUAUAAUUUACUCACUUUACCUCCAUUACAUAGUGGGCCUCUCAAGUGGUGGUGGUCAUAGUUCCUCUCUUGGUACAUAAUACAAAGACUGCAAAUGCACUAUUAGAAUAUCUGCAGAAUGGAAUGAGAUGCAAAAAUAUGCACCAUCAAUUGUGUUGACUUAUUGUAGCAAAAAUAAACAUGGACAGUGGUACACCUUGUAUGAAAUGGCAAGUCAACACAGAUCUCAUGCCAAGAUGCCACAGUCAGAGUAUCUGAGAGAGAUGCGUGUUGUCACCAUGUAUGUUUUUUGUUUUGUUUUUCCUUCUGGUAUCUUUUUGACUGUGGGAUCUUGACAUGAGAUUCUUUUUGCCUUGCUAUGUUAUAUCAAGUGUACCUCUGUCUGUCUGUUUUCCUACAAUACAUCAACAGACUUGAUGGCACAUAUUUUUUGCUUCUCAUUUCAUUCGGUCGAAUUGUCUUUGUAUUAUGCAUUGUAUUUUAACCAUUAAGAAUUCUUGUUGUGAGUUUGAAUGCUUUGCUCUUUUGUCUGUCUUUCACAGACCUAACUUUGAGCCUGAAUUUAGUGCACAUAUAUAUCGGCUUUUGUGUUUAUUUUUUUUUUUUUCUCUAGAUCGUGUUUUCUCCACUGCCAUAUUAUCUUCCAGGAGGUGAGCCCACUAUCAAGUAUGUCAAAGUAUAAACUGGUUAUGCUGAGGCAUGGUGAGGGAGCUUGGAACAUAGAAAACCGCUUUUGCAGUUGGGUUGACCAAAAGCUGAGUGCGGAUGGACUUAAAGAAGCUGAAAUGUGUGGGAAACAUUUAAAGUCAUUGGGUUUUGAAUUUGAUGUGGUGUUCACAUCGAUCCUGAGCCGUUCCAUACAAACUGCGUGGCUAGUGUUGCAGGAGCUGGGACAAGAAUGGGUUCCAAUACGGAGUUCAUGGAGAUUGAAUGAGCGACAUUAUGGAGCACUAAUAGGCCUCAACCGGGCUGAAUUGGCACUGAACCAUGGAGAGGAACAAGUGAAGAUUUGGAGAAGAAGCUAUGAUGUUGCACCACCACCAAUUGAUGAGACCCAUCCUUAUUACCAAGUAAUUCAUACAGAUCGGAGAUAUUCAUUUUGUGAUACCCAGAAAGAAAAAUUACCAAAAUCUGAAAGCUUGAAGCAUGUUUUGGAAAGGCUACUACCCUACUGGAACGAUGUAAUUGCACCUGAAAUAAAAAAAGGAAAAAAUAUUCUUAUAUCUGCACAUGGUAAUAGUACAAGGGCAUUACUAAAACAUUUGGAAGGUAUGUGUAUUUUUUUUAUUUAUGUAUAUAGUUUAAAUGUUAAAGAUCAAGACUUGUUUUGUUAGUCAUUUUACUUUUUAAAGUUGACCUAUAACCUUGCAAAAACUUUACCUUCAUGGGGCAUCCUUCUUGACCUGACUGGCAGGGUUUCGUCUCACAUUAAUUUAUCUUUCUCCUCUGAAAGGUACUUUGUCCUGAUAAAUUUACCUGUGUCUGUGUACAAAAGGAGAUACGCUUCAAUCAGGGGGGGUGAAUAAUUAAUUUUUUAUUUUUAUUUUUUAAAUGUUAUUUUGAGAGAAGUGAAAAAUCAAGAAGUUAUAAGGCAUUAAUGGCCAAGCUUGCACCCCAAAUAUUUCUGAACUAUAUUUAUUGUCAUAUCACUACUCACACUGGCUAUGGACAUGGGACAAGAUAUGUCUCACUCUCUCCUAUAUGAUAGACACUGCUUAAAAACCAUGCAUUGAGCCGAAUUCUCCUUCCAAUGGUUCUGGCACAUAAUGUCACUCCUUUGACAUCACUCCUGUAUUCCACUGCAAAGAGGAGGGGCCUUAUGUUUAUAAAGAUUUUAUUCCUAACCAUAUGCGUCCGUUGAAUGAGUUAAAGAUUUACUCACUUUUUCUCCCAUGCAGUGCUGGUUUCUGCGCUUCUGCCCCACCUCCUUUGCUGAGAUCAUUGAGAUUGAUGACCGGCCAAUGUUUUCAAAUAGGAAAGGAUUGGGAGACUAGAAAAUGCUCUGCUGAGCAAAUCUAUAUGAGACCAUCUGAUUGAAAAAGCAGAGUUUUACUUGGCUGUUUCGUCAGAAGCGCCUUUAGUGGCUAUCACUGUGACACUUGCGAUUCUGCAGAACAGUGUUUUACAUUGCAGGGACAAAACAGCAUUGAGAUGAAGUGGUCUGUGAGCCUAUAGUGUCCCUUUUAAGAACAAAACAAUUCUCUUAAUAAACUUUAUUGCAGAGGUAUCCACUAGAGGUGUGUUUAACCCUACAAUGUAAACAUUGCAAUUUCUACAAAACUGCCAUGUCUUACAUUGCAGGGUUAAUAAUAUUACAGGGCAAUCACACCCAAACCAAGCCACGCAAUGGAGAUGACGUGGUCUGGAUACUUAUAGUAUCCCUUUAAAAACAAAGCAAUUAUCCUAGCAAAAUUGCAAUGCCCAUUUGUGUUCCAUGAAAACAGCUUUUAAAAGAACUAGUAGAAUAUUUCAUGCAAAGUGUAUCCCUAGAAUGUAUGGCCUAAAUUUUUUUUUUAAAUCUAUAUUUUAGCAGUAUAAUAAUAUAAGAGGGAGAGGAAAAAUAAACCUGUUCUUUUCAUACACUCUAUACGAAAAUGGCUGCUCUAGUUGUAAAAUUAUAAUAACUAAAUUGUUACCUUUCAUAUAAAGAACAUAGAGCUAUUGUUCCUACCUCCUUCCAGUCUGAGCAGGUUUGUUCACGACAAAACCAGUGAUUUAUAUCUCCUUUGAACGUUUAUAUUGAAAUUAUUGUAAAAUGCCAUUCUGGCAUAUAAAAUAGUCUAGCGUAGAAAAGAUGGCUAAUACAAACAUUCUGUUUAUUUUACUGUUAAGUGUUACAUACAAUUCUCUAGUGCGCCGAGAGUUAAGUUUUUCCUUUUGUUUAACUUGGCUGAUGGGGCACAUGGCUAAGCUUAGUUGAUCAUUUAAAACAAUUUUAGAAUCAGGCCAUGUACAAAUUCCUGGCAUGCAGCAGACCACAAAUGCUGACCAAUUAAUUUAAUUGUACACAUAAUCCUAAGGGAGAAUAUAGUAUUUGUGUGUGAUAGGCUGUGUGAUCAUUUUGUGUACCUGCUAAAGUUACAUUGGUGUAUUUUAAAAUCAUAUGUAUUGUGGGUGAUACUUUUCUAGCAAAUAUUGUAUAUCCAGCAUUCUUUUAAAGGGCAACUGUUACCUCAAAGUAUUUAUUUUAUUUUCAUCAAGUUCUGAAGGAAAUGGAUUUAGUUUUUUCACAUUAAGUAAACAUUUUACAAAAUUGGGAAAAGCCAUACCUACGUUUAGUAUGAUCGGUUUUUAGUAUGAUAACUUCCACAACGCUGUACAAUGGGUGGACUAACACACAUAUUUGUAACCAGGCUAGCGGGCGACAAUGGCAUGGACCAGCACCUUAGCUGCAUCCUGUGUUAAAUAUGGGCAUUUUUUUUAAAUGGAGCUGCAGGAUUUGGGAAUUAACUGGACAUAAGGGGUGAAGGAGAGGUCUGAGUCAAAGACAACACAUAGGCAGCGAGGUAGAGGUUAUGGCAGCGCCAUUAAGUUGGAGGGAGACAGACACUGGAGUACCAAUAUUUGAGGGAGGAAAGAAGAAGCUGUUGAUGAUCACUUAGUCUCUAUGGUCUUCACUGCACAAAAGCAGGAAAAACUUUAGAGACUGUCAAUUACCAAUCACUGUGUGACCCAAAGUGCAUGUUGGCUGGAGGAUCCUGUUAUAUAAUAUGAGAUUUUAUUUUUUCAUACACUUCAUUAAAAAAACAAAAAUAAACCCUACCUAUACCAUGUUUGUUCCACAUCUGCCUUGAAUAAUCUUAUGCAGAGGUGUUAUGUGCAAACACAAUGCAUAUAGUGGGUUACCUGCAUUUGGCUUUUCUCGUCACUGACACCCUGUGUGCAUAUCUAGAGAUCCUGGCUCACCAUGCAUUACGUCUAGCACUGCAUCUUGAUUCAUCAUUAUUAGUGCUUUACCACAGGCAGUCUGAGCUUUUUAAAAACGCUUUAUAUUUGAAGUGACCCUACUGAAUAUCCCUGUUGAGUGAAAAUGUCUUAUCUUUCCAAAUAUUGUAUUAAAAUGUAAAUGGUACUUACCAAGUACCAUUUACAGCAAGCAUGUGAAACUCAAAGGCUAGCAAGGGCCAAAUAAACCAGGUUUAAGUUUAUGUGGGCCGCAAAACACAAACGCAAAUGUGACAGAACAGUCUGUCUUUGGGUUAUGUUUCUCCUUCCUCCAUACGUCUGUUUGUAUGGUUGUUUCUUUGCCCGUGCACUCCCCUUAUUUUCCCGUAUUAUUUCCCGAAAGCUACCGAAUACGCAACCACCGGGAAGCUGGCGUGUGCCGUCAAUUGACCACCCCAGUAUCUGCGGUUAACUGCAGCUUAAUUGACUGUUACUGGGUGGUCGCGGCUACACCUGGCUGCACACACGAUGGCGGUGUUAUAGAGCUCCCCGGACAACCAGCGGUGCUCUGCCCAGCUUCAGUACACCAAGAGCGGACACUUUUUUCUUCCCAAGCACUGCUGAGCUUACCAGCCUUCGGGUCUUUAGCUCUGUUCGUGAACCAAACGGCGGAGCAUUCGGGACUUUGUGUUUUUAUAUUGUACUUUAUGUGAGGGUACCCGGAUAGCUAUGCCAUGGAGCCUGUUUGUGGAAUUAAAGACUUUGGCUCCAUGGCGAUUUAAACUGCAUUUUUGUGGUCUGAGAGCCAUUCACCUAAUAGUGUGCGCUCAGACCUGAGCUAUCUGGGGGUAUGUUACAUGUCUAUAUUUAUUGUAACAUUUGUAACACUGUACAUUUUAAAGUAAUUCUCUUUCCUGUUGCCCCCACGUGCAUAAUGGCGAUUUGCUUUUGUCCUGGGAGAUAAUUGAAUUAUCUCCAGGGCAGAGAGGAUGAAGCCAGGAUUCAUUGUGGGGAUGUAUUGUGACUGUAUGUCCUGAUCUGAUACCUGUCUGUCCUUUGUUACAGUCUCCCAUUUGGUCCCCUAGGGGAGUGUCCACCAGGUGGGAGACCUGCAUAAAUACGGACAGGUAGCCCUCAUUAAAGCCAGAUCUUGUUUUACCCUCAAUAUGGAGCUUGGGCUUGUGAUUGGGGGGAUUUACUAUACGCGGUUAGAGACUGAUUGCUGGAGGUGUAAGCCGCUUGGAUGCUGUGCCUGCUCGUCAGCUAGCAGCUAUUCGUGAGAUUACCGUUUGGAAUUCACCAUUCGGGAGUUAGGAGCAUUCCCCUGGUUCAAGUUUGGGAGUUUGGGGUUCUACAGUAACUGUGUCUAUACCUCUGCAAGGGGAAGCUCUUCUAAACGGCGGUUAACUCCUUUAUGUCGGGAGUGCCGUAACAGUAAAUUUUCACCCCCCUCGUCUACUAAACUCCUGCGCCUGUUUAAAAAUAAAUUUAAAAAAAUUAAAAAAAACAAAAAAACAAUAGCACCUUAAAGUGGAUCCUCCCGUUACUCCUUGAAACCCUCACACACACAGAAUCACUUCGACACACACAUUCACUGACAGACACACAGGCUCCCUCACACACACACUCACUGUCACAUACACUUUGAUAGACAGCCAUACACACAGACACACACGCAGCCAUACACACACGCAGCCAUACACACAUGCAGACAGCCAGACAUGCAUACACACACGCAGCCAUACACACACGCAGCCAUACACACACGCAGACAGCCAGACACGCAUACACACGCGCAGCCAUACACACGCAGCCAUACACACGCGCAGCCAUACACACGCGCAGCCAUACACACGCGCAGCCAUACACACGCGCAGCCAUACACACGCGCAGCCAUACACACGCGCAGCCAUACACACACGCAGACAGCCAGACAUGCAUACUGGGAUGGCUUCUUAACUGGGGUCUAGUGAGGCUGCUGGGCGGACUGGCAGUGAGGGAGCGCUGAGUGUAAGCUCUCUCUGCUUAGCACCCUUGCGAGACGCAGUGAUGUCAUAUUCCGGCCUGAGCAGGGAGAGCUUACACUCAGUGCUCCCUCGCCGCGCCAUGUGGGUCGCAAACAUAUUUGCAGGGCCACUGGUUUGACAUGGCUGAUUUAUAGUUUACUACAAUAUACCCAGUUAGCUUGUUUUAUUCUCAGUGUGAGAAUUAUUCCUUUACAGUGCUGUUUGUGAUUUUCAUACCAUUCCCAGAAUGGCAACAUUGCAAUUGUUGGAUUCAUUUAAGAAAUUUCAAAUCUGGACCUCUUGUAGUAGCUUGCAAAUGCUAGUAUUCUCAUUUGCAAACUGUACACUCUCUUUCUUAUUUUUAAAUUUAUUUAUUUUUUUUUAUUUUUUUUAUUAGAUUUGAUUUUUUUUGCUCUUCUCUCUCUUUCCCUCUAAAGGGCGUAUUUCUUUGGGGGAGCACUUUUGAUUUAUUGUAGUAGAUUUUACCCCACCCAAAAAAAUAUGCAUGUAAUAUAUAAAAAAAAAAAUAUAUAUAUAUAUAUAUAUAUAUAUAUAUAUAUAUAUAUAUAUAUAUAUAUAUAUAUAUAUAUAUAUAUAUAUAUAUAUAUAUAUAUAUAUAUAUAUAUAUAUAAUUAUAUAUAUUUUUUUUUUUCUUGCAUGUUUUCUUAUGUGGGUAUAUGGAAAAGCAAAACAGCCAGCAAGCCCUCUCAUUUUUCCCUGCCUCAGACUUUCAAUUUGUGCCAGGGAAUACACCAAUCAGAGGCUUCUCAUUGAGCCAUGCUGUCAACUAGAAGUGCCUUCGCCUCCCAACUACAUAAGUGCCAAUUUCCAUUGAAACUGACACUUUUAUAAACUGUCUCUAAUAGAACAGAUUCUGACACAUAAAACACUUCAGCAAAUUGAAGUGCUUUAUGUAUCUGGAAUGUUCCUUUAAUACAGCUGGCUUCUGGAAUGGUUUUCCCACACUAAUAAAUUUGGAAACUGUAUUUGUAUGUGGUUUUUUAUUUUUUUUAUUUUUUUUUUUUUGUUGCAUGGGUUAUAUAGGUUUUUUUUUUUUUUUUUUUUUUUUUUUUUUUUUUUUUUUUUUUUCUACCAUUGAGGCAUUGUUUACUAGAGUUAAAAGUUUUGGAGAUGUAUUCAGAAAACUGUGCAUUAGCUGAACACAUUUUCCUCACAGAAGAGAACAAGAAAUGUUUAGCAUGUGUUUGUGUGCAUAGGAGCUGUGUGCUGGAACAGAAAGAGUGGUGUCAAAGGAAGAAGCACUACCUACAAGAUUUUAUGUAAGGAAAAUAAAUUAAUUAUGAAAAUUAUAAAUAACAAAAAAGCAGCAACACCCUGUUUGCAUAAGUCUGCACACCCUAUUCAACAAAUCCUUUGUAGAAGCAACAUUUGCAUGUAUUACAGCUGCUAGUCUUUGUAAAUAAGUUUCCAUUAACUUUGCACAUCUAGACUACUUUGCAAAAUAAAGUAUCCUUCAAAUCGAAAGUGGAGCAUCUGUAUACUGCUGUCUUUAGGUCCUAUCACAAAUAUUCGAUGGGAUUGAGGUCUGGGCUCCAACAGGGCAAUUUCAAAAAAUUGAUUUUCUUUUAAUGAAGCCAUGCAUUGGUAGACCUGGCUGUGUGCUUUGGGUCAAUGUUGGGCUGUGAAAUUCCUCUUCAGCUUUCUGCAGGUUUUUGCUACUUUAUCUUGUAACGUUAGCUAUUUAUUAUCUCCUGUAUCUUGAUAAGUGCCCCUGACCCAGGUGAAGAGAAACUGCCCCAUUGCAUGCUUUCAACACCAUGUUCAGCCAGUAUUGUGUUCCCUGGAUGAUGGACAUUUACUGGUUUUGUGAAAAACAUAAGUUUUACAAUUUUGGCUGAAAAGUUCAACCUCUCUCUCAUGAGACCAUAAGCACAAUUUCCCACAUUGCUUGGUGUGACUGAUUAAAACAUUUGGUAUAAUUUAGAUGGACUUGGAUGUUUAUUUUUUUUUUAUUUUUUUAUUCUUUAUUUUUCUUGUGCAUAGUUUGACAACAAGCGUGUAGUGCCACAACAGCCUCCACAAGCAUUUUCAUAACAUUUCAAAGUGUAGCAGAUUAGACAGCACAUUUUUAUAUAACAUUGAGGAUAACAGGCUAUUAGGCAACAGUAUUAUGUAGUCUAACAUGCUAGGCUAGAUAUGCGUGUGGCAAAACUAUUUGCGCUUUAGUUUAUAGGUGUGUAGUUUUGCAUUCUUAAAGAACGGAGCUUUUAUGCUUAAGGUACUGGUUGCAUGUUUUUGAGUGCUAAGCGUGUUCGUCUGAAGUCAAGGGUUGGAAGUGUAUUCAGAGGCGUAAGCAGCAUGUAGUGUGGGAGGGCUAUGUUCUAACAUCAAGAUAUUCGCUAUAAAAAAAUAAAUAAAUAAAAAAUAAAAAGAGAAAAACACUUUGGGUCAUUGGUGAACCUGGACUCGCGUCCCUUCGAGAGGAGAGCAUGGCGCUGUACAGUUCUUUUGCCGAUCAUACGAGGUAAGUCCUACUUCAGGUGGUGGCCUUGGCAUAGGAAUCCGCGGGCGGUCUCCGCAGAACAAACUCUGGUGCAUUUGCAGAGUAUCUUGCGUGUUGGCGCGCUUGUCCUGCUGAUGGCGUCGCCGGGACUAAUGGUUCUGUGGGGAGGCCAAGUAAGCCCAGUAACCCGGUGGCCUCUUGCAUGUCGUGUAUUACAUGCUUGGUGCCUUCCUUGUCAAUGUUGAGAGUACGGCCAGGUCCCCAGCGGUACCGGAUUUGAUGGAGGCGCAGGAGUGCUGUGAGUGGGCUCAUUGUUCUCCUCCAUGCCAGCGUCCCGCCUGAUAAAUCUGAAUAGAAGGAGAGGGUCAUUCCUUCAAAGGGGUAUGUGGGUUGAGCUCGAACGACCUCCAUAAUCGCUUUCUUGUCCCUGAAUAGUUGAAACUGGAGAAUGACAUCCCCUGACGCGGCAGUUGGGGCCUUCGCUGGUCUUGGUAUGCGGAAUAUUUCCUCCAGGGUUAUUGCUUUUGCUGCCUUUGGGUUCAGCAGGUCAGUGAGUAAUCUCCUGAUGAAAUGUGGGAGUUCGGCCUCUGGAACAGAGUCGGCCACCACCCGUAGCUUUAUGUUGUUUCGUCGUGACUUAUCUUCGUGGGCUGCGAGUUGUUGCUCAAGUUGCCGGGUUUUCUGUUGCAUGUCCCGGAUCGUUGCCUGGAGGUCCACGAUCUGACUAGAGUGUUUGGUAGAGGUGGCUUCCACUGCCCCCAUCCUGGUAGUAAUGCCUUUAAUGUCCUGUCUGAGCAGGGCCACAUCAUCCGCAAUUUUCUUGUGGUGGUCUGCCAUAAGCGCCCCAAUUGCCUCCAUGGUCACAGGGGUUGGGGUUUUCGUGGGUGACUGUGCCCAUGUAGAUAGUGGGUCAUGCCUGGGCACUAUGGGAUCCCCCUCGUCUGCCUCCGACGACUCAUCUGUAAAGUCGGAGCAGCCGCCGUGUAAGGACGCCAUUUUGGCUCCUGCUGCAUCGUGCGCCUGCCGCCAUAGUUCCCCGAUGUCCAUGCCCUGACGGGGCUUGUCGGGUUUCACCUUCUUGUUUUUCCGACCCAUGGAGCCCGGGGGGUUUUCUGGGUCUCCCUGCGGCAAGUUGGCGUAGGUUGAGAUGUCGGUAAAGGUGUUUAUUUAGUCCGCUGGUCCGGAGCUCCACGGCCAUGCGACCGUCCGGUUCAAACGCUACCCUCCGCCUCGGAUGUUUAUUUUUUGUGAUGAAAGGGUUUCUAUCUUGCCAUCCUACCUCUUAGCCCAGACAUGUACAGAAUAUGAGAGAUGGCGGUCACACGCAAGUAGUGACUGGUACCUACCAGAAAUUCCUAUAGCUAUUUCAAUGUUGCGUUUGACUUUUUGGUAGCCUUCCUUGUAUGUUUUUGUCCUCUCAUUAACGUUGUCUGAUAUUUUCAGUUCCUCUGCGGUGGCACAUAUUCUCCACUUAAUGACAAUGUUUUUGACAGUGUUUCAAAGUACAUCCAGUGCCUUUUUAUUAUUCUUUUAUAUCCCACUCAUAAUUAGUACCUUAAACAAUUAGAUUUCACCACUUCGUUGUGGACUGCCCUUUUGGGUAAGAUUAGUCUGAUAUGCCUUGGAAUAGGUUAUCUUAUUAGUGGCACAAGUGAGCAAAAACAUUGAGACCUGAAUGGAGAUUUGCUGAGCAGCAAGCAACUGAGUUUCUCUAAGCUUUUGUCUGCUCUCAGAAUUCUCAUAUGUUUUGUUUUAGGUAUGUAUGCUAUUAACCUACGGGCAUGAUUUUUAGAAUAUGAUUGGUUAACACUGCUUGAGUCCACAUGAAAGGGUGUUGUAAGUUUUGAGGUUUUGCUUUUAUAAAUUUUUGUAAUAUUUAAAAUGUUCAUAUUAAUUAACUAUUUUAUAUCUGGAUUUAUGUUUGUUGGAAGAUCGCAUUACAGAUAAGUCUGAAAUUUAUAUUUCUGUUUUUGCAUUUUAAACACCUACAUUUCAUAAAGGUGUGUAGACUUUUCUGACAAAUAAUAUUUUCACUAAAUACCUAACUGCAGUGAAUUGAAAACUGAACUGCAAAAUUUAGGGUAUGCAAAUUUGCAGUAUGGUGUCUAGUUCACUACAAUUUGGUACAUUGUAACAUUGCAGAAUAUGUUCACUAACACACAGGGCAUGUACAUGCUAUGCUACCAUAGGGGAAUGCCAUUCACUCACUUUUAAAAAUAAAAUUGUGCUCUUAUGGGUUUUCUUCACUAAACUUAAAAAAAAAAAAAAAAUACAGUAUACAAUAAAACCACUGCAGACAUUUACUUUGUGACUAAAUGCGGUAAUGCCAUGACCUGGCAAAUAAAGUUCAAGGUGUAACCCUAUAUGAUCUGCUCACUGACCUUUUGCAAUGUUAGAUUCUUGCUCUCCAGAGAACAUCCAUGUGUUAGCCAGUGUAACAUGGAGCUGUGUGAGUGUGCACCUUUCUAAAACAAAUGUAUUACAUUUGAUGUCAAUCCAGGAAGCAUAAAUGAACCGGUUUCUCUAAUUAUAUAGUUUAACACAAAAUCUCUAUACUGCCAAAUCUUAUUUAUUUUUGUUCCUGCUUCCAUUGAACAGUUUGUCAAUUUGAACAGUACCCAAUAAAAUGAAAACUAAUGUUAACACCUAUAUCCAGUUUUAAAGGGAACCUAUAGUAUUUGAAAUACAAAGUUGUAUAUAGUACCCUCUGGUCCUCCCCCUCUCUCAUGCUCCCCCCUUCCUUGUUGCACAUAUAGGGUUAAAAAAACCUUUUAUUCACUGAUCCGAAUCCAGUGAUGUCCUUUGAUGCUUCAUCUCCUCCAAAAAGUGGGGGGGGGGGGGUGGUGUCUAAUGUGUCUAGGGCCUCUUCAUAGGAAAUCAUUGCUUCAGUGCAUUCCCAUGUGGUUUAACUGACUCUGGAUGUCCUGAUGCAGAGUGUGAGGACGUUUAGCAUCACUUAGGGGACCUAGAGUCCGAUAAACACCCGUUAGCGCUCCUAGUGGCUUCCUGAUCAACAGACGCUUGAGGCUCUCUUAGUACUGCAGUUUAGCAUUUUCUCAAACUGCAAUGUUUUACAGGACAAAGAGAGGCAGGUUCAUUGCACCUAGACCACUUCAAUGAGCUGAAGUGGUCUGGAUGCCUAUAGUGUCCCUUUAAGGUGGCAAGUGUUCCUUUAACACUUUCCUUUUGCCUUAUCAUUUUAACUCCCUUUCUUUUGCAAAUUGCAUUUUUAUAAAUUGGGACUAGAGUGCUUGCACGGCUUUAAGGGUCUGUCCCUUUUUAUUUUAAAUGGACACUAUAGUCACGAAAACUACAGUUUAUUGUAUUUGUUCUGGUGUGUAAUCAUUCCCUUAGCCCCUUAAGGACGGAGGGCGUACUAUUACGCCCUGCAGGAGCCGGCUCUAAACGCCGGCGGGCGUAAUAGUACGCCCUCACUUUAAUGGCCGCCCAUGUGGCCGGCGCUAUUCGCCCGCUGCAGAUCGCGGUCGGGGGGGAUGCCCGGCCCCCCAGGCAACCCCCCCUGUGGCCGGUGACCGCGAUCUGCAGUCACUGAUCGCAGUGACAGGCUGUCACUGCGAUCAGUUUUUAACGUGUGUCAGCCGAUUUCAAAUCGGCUGACACACGUGGCCAGCGGCUUUCUGCUAUGCAGAUCGCGGUCGGGGGACUUACCUGGCCCACCAGGCAGUCCCCCUGGGGUCAGUGACCGCGAUCUGCACCUUCUGAGAUCGCAGUGACAGGCUGUCACUGCGAUCUCAGAGCACUCUGAUCGCAGUGACAGCCUGUCACUGCGAUCAGUGUUACAUGUGUCAGCCUAUUGGCUGACACAUGUAACUGGCACAAUGAUCCCCCUGCAGAUUGGAAGGGGGGAGUGCUUGUACCACCCAGGCACUCCCCCCUGUGGCCAAUUACCCAAUCUGCAGGAGGUGAUCACAGUGACAGGCAGUCACUGUGAUCACUGAUCCUGUGUGUCAGCCAGUGAUGUAAAAUCACUGGCUGACACUGUCUCUGCCCCCUGUCCUGUAAAAAUAAAUAAAAUAUUAGUAAAAAAAAAAAAAAUUACAGUUAAAUAUAAAAUAUACUUAGAUCAUAUAUAUUAUAUAUAUAUAUGAUCUAAGUAUAUAUAUAUAUAUAUAUAUAUGUAUAUAUAUAUAUACACACACACACACACACACAUUUACACAUACACGAAGUGUAUUUAAAUAUUAAUAUAUAUAAUUAUUUAUAUAUAUAUUACUAUCAAAUUACACGUAGACUAAUACUGAUUAAAUAUAUAUAUAUAUAAUUAUUGUUAUAUAUAUUUAUAUAUAAUAUAAAAAAAUGUAAAUACGUAAAAUAAAUAAAAUUAAAAAAUAAUUAAAAAUAAAUAAUAAAAAAUAUAUAGAUGUUUGUUGUUUCGUUCUAACUGUAUUGUGAUAUUAAUAUAUAUAUAUUUAUAUCAAAAUACACGUAGAACAAAAUAAUAUAUCUACAUAAAUAUAUACGUAUAUAUCACUAUAUAUAUAUAUACACCUAUAUAUAAAAAAAUAUUUUAAAAAAUUAUAUAUAUAUGUAUAUAUACACAUAUGUGUGUAUAUAUAUACAUAUAUUAAUUCUACACAUAUAUUUAUGUAAUAUUUUUACAUAAUUAGGUAUCCUAAUUAAUUACAAUUAGCGGGACCUGCCUAACAACCCAUGCCGAAAGUAUAGGGAAUUUAAUUUGCUAGCACUAUAUUUAACCCUAUAACUUUCCAAGACACCAUAAAACCUGUAAAUUGGGGGUACUGUUUUACUCGGGAGACUUCGCUGAACACAAAUAUUAGUGUUUCAAAACAGUAAAAUGUAUUACAACAAUGAUAUUGCCAGUAAAAGUGAAGUUUUUUGCAUUUUCCAUGCACAAACAGCACUUACACGGAUGAUAUUAUUGCUGCAAUACUUUUUACUGUUUUGAAACACAAAUAUUUGUGUUCAGCGAAGUCUCCCGAGUACAACAGUACCCCUCAUGUACAGGUUUUAUGGUGUUUUCAAAAGUUACAGCGCCAAAUAUAAGGCUUGCGUUUCAUUUUUUCACAUUAAAAUUCGCCAGAUUGGUUACGUUGCCUUUGAGACCCUAUGGUAGCCCAAGAAUGAAAAUUACCCCUAUGAUGGCAUACCAUUUGCAAUAGUAGACAACCCAAGGUAUUGCAAACGGGGUAUGUCCAGUCUUUUUUAGUAGCCACUUAGUCACAAACACUGGCCAAAAUUGGCGCUUUUUGCAUUUUUCACACACAAACAAAUACUAACGCUAACUUUGGCCAGUGUUUGUGACCAAAUGGCUACUAAAAAAGACUGGACAUACCCCAUUUGCAAUACCUUGGGUUGUCUACUAUUGCAAAUGGUAUGCCAUUAAGGGUGUAAAUUUCAUUCCUGGGCUUCUAUAAAGUCCAAAGGCAACGUAACCAAUCUGGCGAAUUUCAAUUUCAAAUGUAACGUGCUAUAUUUGACCCUGUAACUUCCCAAAACGCCAUAAAACCUGUACAUAGGGGGUACUGUUUUACACGUGAGACUUUGCUGAAUACAAAUAUGUGUAUUUUAUUGCAGUAAAAGCAAACAGUAUUAUGACACUGACCGUUAAAAUGUCAUGUAGAACUAAAAAAAUAAAAAAAAAACGUAUUUUCUCCCAUUUUUUUCAUAUUAAAUUAUGUUUCAUAGCUAAAUAUUUGAUAUUAAAUGAAAGCCCUGUUUCCCCUGAAUAAAAUGAUAUAUAAUAAGGGUGGGUGCAUUUACUAUGAAAGAGGUGUAUUACGGUUGGACAGACAUGUAGCGCAAAUGCCAGGUUUUGUUUACAUUUUGUUUCGUUCACAACGUGUACAUUUGGCUCCGUCCUUAAGGGGUUAAUGCUUUUUGAAGUAAACACUGUCUUUUUAGAGAGAGUGUAGUGUUUACAUUGCAACCUAGUAAUAACUCUACUGGCCACUUCUCAGAUGGUUACUAGAGGUGCUUUCUGGGGCAGUGCUGCACACUUUGCAGUACCUCCAUUCAGUGUCUCCACCCUCUGCAUGCAGACACUGAACUUUCCUCAUAGAGAUGCAUUGAUUCAAUCUCUAUGCAUCUCUAUGAAGAGAUUCUGAUUGGCCAGGGCUGUGUUUGCCUCCUUGACAGUUUCAGCCAAUUCUAUGGGGAAGCAUCGUGAUUGGCUCAUACCACCAUUUUUGAUGUCAGCAGGCAGUUCAGGGGCAGAGGCAACAGCUGAGGACUUGAAUAUAAGUAACAUUUUACUAAAUUUAGGGAGGCACGGGGAGGGCUAGAUGGUGGUUUUAACACUAAUGUGUCAGGAAUACAUGUUUGUGUUUCUGACCCUAUAGUGUUCCUUUAAAAUGCUGUUGUGUUUUCGGUUUUCCUUCUUCUUCAAGCAGAACAAAUUAAUUCAAAGCAUAUAAUUAUACAAAAAGAUUACACUUUGUACCCAAUAGAUUUUAUAAAUGUAUAAACUAUUAAUGACGUUAGAGGUAUACGCCAGGCAUAAUCACACUUACGCAUUUUAAUUUUACCAGCAUUGAUUUUUUUAUUUUUUACAAUUUUUUUUAUUUUUUUUUGGGUGUGGGGAAAAAAAGGGAGAAGGGGAAAACUGAAAGUGUUGCUCCAACCUUGAUGAAGAUUUCUACUUUUUUAAAGUGGCUUAGGAGGAAGCAAUCUGUAUGUCCCUUGUUUUGUUUGAACUGCUGCACAUACAGUGAUAUUGGCACUUUUGUGCUGGGGGCUAGCUGCAGUACAAGUAGAUGUGACUUAGGUGGUGCAGAACUCUGUUCCGGCCUGCCUAAAUGUUCAUUUUGUGCAAAAAUGAACCCUGUUAUCGGUGUGCAAUGGCAAUAGACAUUCUACAUGUUCCCUGCCAAGGGCGUACAUAGAGCAUUUGGCACCCGGACGGAUCCUGUGUUUGGCACACACAGGCCCUCUCUCCCUGCCCCCCACCCCCUUCGCCUUUCAAAUGUAAAAAACAAAACAAAAACCUCACUAUUUGUUUACAAAAUAUUGCAUUCUAAUUAUUUUUUUAUUUUAAAUUAUCUCCCCUUCUACAAAACAUCUGCCCCCUCUACAAAAAACCCUACCCACACAGUGUCAGAGCACUUCAACCCAAAACACCAUGAGGGCGGAGCAAGUUGACAGCCUCCAGAUUCUUACUCUUGCUGCCCGGCAGCAUCUCUCACCAAGAGGGUAGAUGGCAACCCUGUAACAAGUGGCACCCGGGGCAGACCGCCCCCCCUGUUGGUAUGCCACUGCUCCCUGCCUCCUUUCUUUAUUUCAACCCUCCCCGCAUACAUGCAUGCACUUUGACCUGGUAAGAACAGCCCAGAGAAGCAUUUGAUUAGACCUUGAGGAGGAAAAGAGUGAUGGGGAGUCGAAACACAUAUGGAGAAUUUCUCUGUGUUGAAUUCAAGUUACGUUUUUUUUUAAAUUUUACUUAAUUUACUGGGUUUGGGGGCUAACAAAAAGGGGUUGAAAAAGGUACUAGGGCCCAAUCAGCAUUAGAACUUAAAAAAAUAAACUUCUCAAAAGGGUUAUAGUAACCCUAUAUACCAAGGUGCCUUCAGGAAAGAAGUCCAACUGUUGACAAAUGGUUUGACUACUUGCAUUGCGGAAGUGCUAAUGCACUCUUGGCACCAUAAUCAUUAUUGCAUGCUGUAGUAGUUAUUGUGAGUGUCCAUUGUAUGCACUUCCAAAAAAUUAGCUUGUUUCUGUUCUGUUUUUCUGUUUCAGUUAGGGAUAUGUGACUAUUCUGAACUAAAGCAUAUUGCUAUGGUAAUAUUUUGUUUGUUUAGAAAGUGGUGAAUGUGGUAUGUGCUUGUGUAUGUAUGAGUAUGGUCUGUUUUUUAAUGCCGGAAAGAAAUCAUCUGUAUUAAGGUCUUUGAUCUUGAGUAAUGUCCUGCAUAGUAAUUACCAUAUAUACUAGAGUAUAAACCAACCCGAAUAUAAGCCGAGGCACUUAAUUUUACCACAAAAAACUGGGAAAUCUUAUAGUAUAAGCCUAGGGUGGGAAAUGAAGCAGCUACUGGUAAAUUUCUAAAUAAAAUUAGAUCCCAAUAAAAUUACAUGAAUUGAAUAUUUAUUUGCAGUGUGUGUAUAUAAUGAAUGCAGUGUCUGUGUAUAUAAUGGGGGAUAUGGGUGUGUGUGUGUUUGUGUAGUGUGUGUAAACUGGGUGGGGGGGAGGGCAUUUUUAUUUUAAUAUUUAAUGGUUUAUUUUUUAUUUUAUUUUUUGUCCCCCUCCCUGCUUGUUACCUGGCCAGGGUGGGGGGCUAGGUCAUUCCCUGGUGGUCCAGUGGCAUGGACGCAGUGCAGUGGGGAGGCCGGCAGCUCCAUUCAUCUCCCAGUGUCAAUCUCACGGGUCUCCUGAGAUUGACACUGGGAGAUGAACGGAGCUGCUGGGAGGUAACCGCUUUCUACCUCGCAUCCCCCCAGGACCGCCAGGCUUGUAAUGAACCCAGCGGUCCUGGUCUGUAUUAUAGCAAUGUAAGUUGCCAUAAUACAGACUCUGACUCGAGUAUAAGCCAUAGGGGGCUUUUUCAGCACAAAAAAUGUGAUGAAAAACUCUGCUUAUACUAGAGUAUAUACGGUAGAUACAAUGUUACACGCCAUGCCUUCUUAAGAAAUUAAAUUCUGCAGCUCUAGAGCAAAAACAUUUAAAAAAAAUUUUUUUUUUGUAAACGGUCAUGUCAUUGGCAUAUUAAAUGGAAGCUUACAAAUUACAAAAAUUGAAUCUUUUUUUUUGUGAGCUUAAUAAGUGUUUGCUUUUUUCAUUAUUUUUGGGGGGGUUAAUUUGUUUUUUUUCGUUCUUUUUUCAUUACUUUUUUUAUUCUUUAUAAAUGAAGUUUAAAGAUGGUCUGCUUUUUUUCCUUCAUCCCAGUGAAUAUUUAUCAGUGAUUGCGUACUUACCUGUGCUGUACUUCCACAUUCCUCACCAUCCCACGUAGCAACCUGGGCAUCUAACAGUGAAUGUUAAAAUGUGCACUCAGAAUUCUCACCGUAUGCACACAUUAUUAUUAUUAUUAUUAUUAUUAUUAUUAUUAUUAUCGCUAUUUACUGUAUAUAGCGCCAAUAGAUUCCAUAUCGCUUUACAACAUGCGCUGUGUGUGGUACUGCAAGAGUUAACUUUAAAAAUGAACACAGCCAAUACGUAACUUAUGGUUAACAAUUUGGUUGUGUUAAAAGUGAGUAAGUGUCUAUACUUCAACACUGUAAAUGUUUAAUUAAACUUCCGAUACUCAACCAUCAAAAGGCUGUGAUUUCUUCCUUAGCCCUUCUAACCCACUCCUACAAUUAGUUCAGUAAUCUGAGCUGUAUUAAAGGAACACUAAAGCAUUAGGAAGUCAAACCUGUAUCUUAACACUUUAGGAUCCCUUUCCUGGUUAUAUAGCCCCUUCCUCCCCCUCAUGUGUGUGACAAAUAAAGGUUUUUACUUGCCUAUUUCCAGCACCAAUGCUGCUUCUCCUCCCAAGACAUCAUUAAUCCAUUAAGGACUGGACUGUUUUUGCGAUGUUGUACAUUUGCGACCAGGCCUCUUUUUACACGUUUGUGGUGUUUGUGUUUAGCUGUAAUUUUCCGCUCUCUCAUUUACUGUUCCCAUACAAAUUAUAUAUUGUUUUUUUUUUUCAGGACAAAAGGGGCUUUCUUUACAUAUCAUUAUUUAUAUUAUCUCAUGUAAUUUAAUUGAAAAAAAAAAAUAAAAAAUGAUGAAAAAUUGAAAAAAAAUACAUGUUUUUUGACUUUUACUUGAAAAAUCUUUUACUAAUCUAUUAAAGCGAAUGGGAAAAACAACUGCUAAAUAGAUUCAAAAUUUUGUCCUGAGUUUAAAAAUAACCAGUGUUUUACAUGCUUUUUUUUUUUUGCAAGUUAUAGGGCUCUAGGUAUAAGGAUAUUGUGGUUUCAAAACAUACAUUUUUAAAAUUUAUCAAUAGAGACAUUGUAACACUAUUAUCUGUCAUAAAUCUCUGAAUAACACCCCACAUGUACAUAUUUUUUUUAAAGUAGACAACCCAGGGUAUUCAAUAUGGGGUAUGUCCAGUCUUUUUUAGUAGCCACUUAGUCGAAAACACUGGCCAAAGUAAGCAUUCAUAUUUGUUUGUGUGUGAAAAAAGUAAAAAAACUAAAUUGAACGCUAAUUUUGGCCAGUGUUUGUGACUAAGUGGCUACUAAAAAAGACUGGACAUUUGCAAUACUUUGGGUUGUCUUCUUUUGCAAAUGGUAUGCCAUCAUGGGGGUAAUUCUCAUUCCUGGGCUACCGUACGCUCUCAAAGGCAACGUAACCAACCUGGCCUUUUUCAAUGUAAAAAUAUUUGACCCUGAAACUUUCAAAAACGCUAUAAAACCUGUACAUGGGGGGUACUGUUAUAAUCAGGAGACUUUGCUGAACACAAAUAUUAGUGUUUCAAAAAAGGAAAACCUAUCACAACAAUUAUAUCAUCAGUAAAAGUGCUGUUUGUGUGUGAAAAAUGCAAAACAAAAAGUCACUUUCACUGACAAUAUCAUCGCUGUGAUAUGUUUUACUGUUUUGAAUCACUAAUAUUUGUGUUCAGCGAAGUCUUCUGAGUAAAACAGUACCCCCCAUGUACAGGUUUUAGGGUGUCAUAGAAAGUUACAGGCUAAAAUAUAGUGCUAGCAAAUUAAAUACUCUGGACUUUCGUCCUGGGUUGGCAGGCAGGUCCCUCAAAUUGCAAUCAAUAAAAUUACUUAAUUAUGUAAAAAUAUUACAUAAAUACGCACGUAGAAUUUACAUAUAUAUGCAUAUUUAUAUAUUUGAAGUCUACGUGUAUAUAUAAUUAUUUAAUUUUGUAUAUGGACAUGUAUAUUUUGUAUUUUUAUUUAUUUAUACAUAUAUAUAUAUAUAUAUAUAUAUAUAUAUAUAUAUACAAUUUCAUUCUAAGUGCAUUUUGAUAUAAAUAUAUAUUACUAUCAAAACAGUUAGAAUAAAAUUUCAUAGAUAUAUAUUUUAAAUUUGUAUUAUUUUUACAUGUUUAUUUAAUUUAAAUUACUUAUUUGUAUUUUAUAAUAAUAUUUAUAUAAUAUAUAUAUAUAUAUAUAUAUAUAUAUAUAUAUAUAUAUAUAAUGUGUGUGUGUGUGUAUAUAUACAGGGAGUGCAGAAUUAUUAGGCAAGUUGUAUUUUUGAGGAUUAAUUUUAUUAUUGAACAACAACCAUGUUCUCAAUGAACCCAAAAAUCUCAUUAAUAUCAAAGCUGAAUAUUUUUGGAAGUAGUUUUUAGUUUGUUUUUAGUUUUAGCUAUGUUAGGGGGAUAUCUGUGUGUGCAGGUGACUAUUACUGUGCAUAAUUAUUAGGCAACUUAACAAAAAACAAAUAUAUACCUAUUUCAAUUAUUUAUUAUUACCAGUGAAACCAAUAUAACAUCUCAACAUUCACAAAUAUACAUUUCUGACAUUCAAAAACAAAACAAAAACAAAUCAGUGACCAAUAUAGCCACCUUUCUGUGCAAGGACACUCAAAAGCCUGCCAUCCAUGGAUUCUGUCAGUGUUUUGAUCUGUUCACCAUCAACAUUGCGUGCAGCAGCAACCACAGCCUCCCAGACACUGUUCAGAGAGGUGUACCGUUUUCCCUCCUUGUAAAUCUCACAUUUGAUGAUGGACCACAGGUUUUCAAUGGGGUUCAGAUCAGGUGAACAAGGAGGCCAUGUCAUUAGAUUUUCUUCUUUUAUACCCUUUCUUGCCAGCCACGCUGUGGAGUACUUGGACGCGUGUGAUGGAGCAUUGUCCUGCAUGAAAAUCAUGUUUUUCUUGAAGGAUGUAGACUUCUUCCUGUACCACUGCUUGAAGAAGGCGUCUACCAGGAACUGGCAGUAGGACUGGGAGUUGAGCUUGACUCCAUCCUCAACCCGAAAAGGCCCCACAAGCUCAUCUUUGAUGAUACCAGCCCAAACCAGUACUCCACCUCCACCUUGCUGGCGUCUGAGUCGGACUGGAGCUCUCUGCCCUUUACCAAUCCAGCCACGGGCCCAUCCAUCUGGCCCAUCAAGACUCACUCUCAUUUCAUCAGUCCAUAAAACCUUAGGAAAAACAGUCUUGAGAUAUUUCUUGGCCCAGUCUUGACGUUUCAGCUUGUGUGUCUUGUUCAGUGGUGGUCGUCUUUCAGCCUUUCUUACCUUGGCCAUGUCUCUGAGUAUUGCACACCUUGUGCUUUUGGGCACUCCAGUGAUGUUGCAGCCCUGAAAUAUGGCCAAACUGGUGGCAAGUGGCAUCGUGGCAUCGUGGCAUCGUGGCAGCUGCACGCUUGACUUUUCUCAGUUCAUGGGCAGUUAUUUUGCGCCUUGGUUUUUCCACACGCUUCUUGCGACCCUGUUGACUAUUUGAAUGAAACGCUUGAUUGUUCGAUGAUCACGCUUCAGAAGCUUUGCAAUUUUAAGAGUGCUGCAUCCCUCUGCAAGAUAUCUCACUAUUUUUGACUUUUCUGAGCCUGUCAAGUCCUUCUUUGACCCAUUUUGCCAAAGGAAAGGAAGUUGCCUAAUAAUUAUGCACACAUGAUAUAGGGUGUUGAUGUCAUUAGACCACACCCCUUCUCAUUACAGAAAUGCACAUCACCUAAUAUGCUUAAUUGGUAGUAGGCUUUCGAGCCUAUACAGCUUGGAGUAAGACAACAUGCAUAAAGAGGAUGAUGUGGUCAAAAUACUCAUUUGCCUAAUAAUUCUGCACUCCCUGUAUACAUGUUUAAUUUAAUUAUAAGUGUAUUUUUAUAUUAAUAUAUGUACAUAUUAAUAUAAAAAUACACUUUGUAUGACAUUAAAUGAUAUAUAGACAUAUAUUAUAUGUAUAUAAUAUGUCUAUAUAGCAUAUUUAUAUACACAUAUAAUUAUUUUUUUAUUAAUAUUGAACUUUAUUUAUUUUUUUAUUUUUUUAAUGAUUUUACACAUGCAGGGAGACUGCCUGUCAGCACAGACAGUCCCCCUGCAGGCAGACACAUGGACACCUAUUGUGACCAUGUGAUCGUUCUGUUGCAAUUUUGCAUGAUCCAUAAUAGUGUUCCAGUUGAGCAGUUACCACUGACAAUAAGUAACAAAACCCAAAUUUUUCAUAGACCAGUUGCAAAUUUCUGUGGAUUUUUCUGUUUAUUUUUGUUUCUAGUUACUAAAUAAAUGCAGCUUUGAGAAGUAAAUUGCUUAGUUGGACAAACACAGAUAUUCUAUUUGUUUGCACAUGUCAGAAGAUGUAUUGCUCUUUGUAGUAAAUAUUGUGUCAAUCCUAAAAAAUGGUGCACUGUUAUUUUAAUGGUGCUUUCAAUGUUUGGAACAAACACUCAACAUUCACCAGGCCCCAGUUAAAGUUUAUUACUGCAGUACCGCUUUCCCUAUUGCAGUGGAGACCCCUGUGACACCAGAAAGACUAUGUUGUUUGGUUUGUUUGUUGUGUUGUGUGGUUUGUUUUUCUGUUUCCAACAGCUUAUUUAAGCUAGUAACAAACAUUACACACCCCACAAACCACUAUAGACUUAAAUAGAUCCUCUAUUAAGAGGAAGGAGGAAAUUAUGAGUUAGUCAGCUAUAAGUGAUGUCUAAACAUGUUUUGUAGUUAUUUUUAAUAUAGCACCAACAAAUUCCAUAGUACUGUCCGUAACGAAAAAUAAUACACAUAAGUGGGAGGUUAUAUAUGGUAAUGAUCUCUACUACUUCUCAGUGGUCAUAAGGGGAAAAAAACACUCGGGGACUUUGCUACAGAAUUAUUUAAUUUUCAGUGAAUAAGUUUCUUACAGAAUUCUAAAAGCUACAAAAGUGUCACAAGACUAUUAGAGAGAGAAAUAAUUCUAAAGUUCAAGAUAAUAAAUAUAUAUUGCACCAAAUCUAUAGUUUGUUACAAUCAAGCAAUGAGUGGCACUCUCAGCAGCAUAACAUCUAUGGUGGGCUGUAUUGGUUGUGGUGCUUAGACUGUCCCCUUAUCGCUGUUAGGGCUUACUAUGCCGUCCCACAUUAAGUGAACCUAAACGCCAUUAGGGCAGCAUAGUAUGCCCUAACGACCAUGCACUCCCAGGCCUCUAUUUACUUACCUGAACCGACAAUCCUGGUCUGGGGGGACUGCCUCAUGAGCCAGGCAGUCCCCCUGCUUUCUUUCCGGCCCUCCAGGGCCAUGUGAUCGCAACGGAUGUUGCAAUCACAUGACCACAAUAGCGGUCUUUGAGUGUUCAGGCAGUUCCCCUAGUACCUAAAAUUUUUUAAAAAAGUUAAUAUCACACAUUACAAUAAUAUAUUUAUUACGAGUUAAUUAACCCCUUCUGACCGGAGGACGUGCAAUUACGCCCUAUUUUAGGCGGCUCUAAACGCCGCCGGCGAUCGCGGUGGGGGGACUCCCAGGGAGCCCCCCCACGGUAGAUCCUCCUCUUCCGGUGCCCCCCGGCCAUGUGAGAGUGGGGUCCUUGCGAGGACCCCACAAUCACAUGGCCGGGUUGGCUGCCUCCUGCAUUGCCAGCAGGAGGCUGAAAAUAAAAUUAAAAUAUAAUGUAUUGGUGUAAAAAAAAAAGUAAAAAAAAAAAUCUCUAUCUAUAUAUAUCUAUAUAUAUCUAUAUAUAUAUAUAUAUAUAUAUAUAUAUAUAUAUAUAUAUAUAUAUAUAUAUAUAUAUAUAUAUAUAUAUAUAUAUAUCUAUAUAUAUAUCUAUAUACACACACGUACACCGUCUAGGUGUAUUUUACCAUUAAUAUAUAUUAAUAUCAAAUUACACGUAGACUGAUACUGAUUAAAUAUAUAUAUAUAAUUAUUGUUAUAUAUAUAUAUAUAUAUUUAUGUAUAAUAUAAAAAAAUUAAAUAUGUAAAUACGUUAAAAAAUAAAAUUAAAAAAAUAAUUAAAUAUAUAGAUGUGUUAUUUCGUUCUAACUGUAUUGUGAUAUUAAUAUAUAUAUAUAUAUAUAUAUAUAUAUCUCAAAAUACACGUAGAACGAAAUAAUAUAUAUAUAUCUACAUACUUAAAUAUAUACAUAUAUAUACCUAUAUAUAAAUAAAAAUAUUUUUUAAAAAUUAUAUAGAUAUACACAUAUAGAUUCACAUACAUAUAUUCUACAUAUAUAUUUAUGUAAUAUUUUUACAUUAUUAGGUAUCUUAAUUAAUUACAAUUAGAGGGACCUGCCUGACAACCCAUGCCGAAAGUAAAGGAAAUUUAAUUGGCUAGCACUAUAUUUAACCCUAUAACUUUUCAAGACACCAUAAAACCUGUACGUGGGGGGUACUGUUCUAUUCGGGAGACUUCGCUGAACACAAAUAUUAGUGUUUCAAAACAGUAAAAUGUAUUACAACGAUGAUAUCGCCAGUAAAAGUGAAGUUUUUUUGCAUUUUUCAUGCACAAACCGCACUAACACGGACGAUAUUAUUGCUGCAAUACUUUUUACUGUUUUGAAACACAAAUAUUUGUGUUCAGCGAAGUCUCCAGAGUACAACAGUACCCCUCAUGUACAGGUUUUAUGGUGUUUUCAAAAGUUACAGCGUCAAAUAUAAGGCUUGCGUUUCAUUUUUUUCACAUUAAAAUUCGCCAGAUUGGUUACGGUGCCUUUGAGACCCUAUGGUAGCCCGAGAAUGAAAAUUACCCCGAUGAUGGCAUACCAUUUGCAAUAGUAGACAACCCAAGGUAUUGCAAACUGGGUAUGCCCAGUCUUUUUUAGUAGCCACUUAGUCACAAACACUGGCCAAAAUUGGGCGUUUUUUUUUUGCAUUUUUCACACAAACAAAUACUAACGCUAACUUUGGCCAGUGUUUGUGACCAAAUGGCUACUAAAAAAGACUGGACAUACCCCAUUUGCAAUACCUUGGGUUGUCUACUAUUGCAAAUGGUAUGCUAUUAUGGGUGUAAAUUUGAUUCCUGGCUACUAUAAAGUCCCAAAGGCAACGUAACCAAUCUGGCGAAUUUCAAUUUCUAAUGUAACAUGCUAUAUUUGACCCUGUAACUUCCCAAAACGCCAUAAAACCUGUACAUAGGGGGUACUGUUUUACAUGUGAGACUUUGCUGAAUACAAAUAUGUGUAUUUUUUUGCAGUAAAAGCAAACAGUAUUAUGACAUUGACAGUUAAAAUGUCAUGUAGAAUUAAAAAAUUCUUAUUUUCUCCCAUUUUUUUCAUAUUAAAUUAUGUUUCAUAGCUAAAUAUUUGAUAUUAAAUGAAAGCCCUGUUUCCCCUGAAUAAAAUGAUAUAUAAUAAGGGUGGGUGCAUAUACUAUGAAAGAGGUGUAUUACGGUUGGACAGACAUGUAGCGCAAAUGCCAGGUUUUGUUUACAUUUUGUUUCGUUCACAACGUGUACAUUUGGCUCCGUCCUUAAGGGGUUAAAGCAUCUUAUUAGCAGAUGAUGCAUGUAUAAUACAUUUAAUUCUUACUGUAUUUUGAUAUAUAUUAAUAAAAAAAUUGUUUCCGAUCUGUCGUCACAUUCUUUCGGCCCAUCUAGUCUGCCCAAUUUUCUAAAUACUUUUAGUUAGUCCCUGGGCGUUAUCUUAAGUCUAGGAUAGCCUUAUGCCCAUCCCACAUAUGCUUAAAGGGACACUCCAGGCACCCAGACCACUUCUGCCCAUUGGAGUGGUCUGUGUGCCAACUCCCACUACUCUUAACCCUGCAAGUGUAAUUAUUGCAGUUUUUUAUAAACUGCAAUAAUUAGCUUGCAGGGUUAACUCCACCUCUAGUGGCUGUCUACUAGACAGCCACUAGAGGGCACUUCUGUGUCCAUAGCACAGGAAACCUGUGCUAGAGCGUUGCUGGACAUUCUCAUGCUGUGUGAGGACCUCCAGCGUCGCACAAUUCCCCAUAGGAAAGCAUGGGUGGUGGGAGGGAGAGGGGCCCUGCAAUGCCAGGAACAUUCUUUUUUUUUUUUUUUUUCUGGCACGGUGUUAAUCUCUACCACUUCAGCUGGAAGGCUAUUCCAUGCAUCCACUACCCUCUCUAAAAAUGUCAGGAAGUAUUACUUUACAAACUUAUGCCCCUCUAAUUUAAGACUGUCCUCUUGUUGUGGUAGUUUUUCUUCUUUUAAAUAGUCUCAUCCUUUACUGUGUUGAUUCCCUUUAUGAUAGAAAUGUAGAAUGAAAUAAAAUUAUAAUUAAAUUAUGUUUUAUACAUGUGAAAUAUGCUACUUAGAUGAUUUAAUUAACUUAUUAUACAUAUAUUAAAGUGCAUCAAAAUUAAUAUAUGUAUGCAAUAAGCGUGUCUUAAUAUAUUCUCUCUGAACCCAAAUGAGUGUUUUAAAACACUAAAACUUGUAAUGAUAUCAUCAGUGAAAAUAAUGAAAAUAAAAUACAUGAAAACGAACUUUGGCUAGCGUUUGUGACUUAGGGGCUAUUACAUAAGACUGGACUUACCAAAUUAUGAAUACCCUGGGUUGUCUACUUUUGUGAAUGGUAUGCCAUGAUGAAGGUAAUUCUCAUUCCUUGGCUGCCAUAUGGUCUCAAAGGCAACACAGGAUCCGCAAAGUGAAAUGGGGAAGCCUUAGAUUUGUCCCUGUAACUUUCCAAAACUCCAUAAAACCUGUACAUGGGGUGUACUGAUUUUUAUCCGUGAGGAAUCCCUGAACAUAAAUGAGUGUUAGAGAAGUAAAACCUAUAUUGACAAUAUCAGUGAAAGGUCAUUUAUUUAUUUUUUUGUGAAAAAUGCAAAAAAUAAAAUAAAUAUAAAUAAAAAUAUAUAUAUAUAUUACACGCUCAUUUGUGGCCAGAGAUUGUAACUAAGUGGAUACUAAAAAAGACUGGGCAUACCCCAUUUUAAAUACACUGGGUUGUCUACUUAUGCAAAUGAUAUGUCAUGAUGGGGGUAAUUCUCAUUCCUGGGCUGCCAUACGGUCUCAAAGGCACCAUAACCAAUGUGGCAAAAUUCAAUGUGUAAAAAUUAAAUGGGCAAGCCCUAUAUUUGACCUUGUAACUUUCCAAAACUCCAUAAAACCUGUUCAUGAGACAUAAAGCAUUUUACAGCAGUAAAAUGUAUAAUGACCGUGAUAUCAGUGCAGUCUUUGUGUGAAAAAUGCAAAAACCUAAUAUGAACUCUAGCUUUGGCUAGGCUUUGUGACCAAGUGUAAUUUAAUGCAGUAAAAACUAACAAUAUUUUGAGACUAACAGUUAAAAUGCCAUGCAGAAUUUGAAAAAUAAAAUGUCUUAAUUUCUCAGUUUUUUUUUUUUUUUCUUUCAUAUUAAAUUGUUUCAUAUAUAAAUAUUUUGAUAUGAAACGAAAGCCCUGUUUCUCCUGAACAAAAUGCUAUAUAAUAAGUCUGUGUGCACUUAAUAUGUAGAGGUGAAUUGUAGUUGAACAGACAGCGCAAAUUCCAGAUUUUGAUAAGAACUUGUACAAUGGAGUCCAUCCUUAAGGGCUUAAAGAGUGCGUUGCCAAGCUGUCUUUAACCAAAAAACACCCCACUAAUUUACAGAACUCUUUUUAUACGUUGUAUUUAAUAUAUUUAUAUAAAUGUAUGUAAUUUUCUCAGUGAUCUGCUUAACAUAUCAUUUUUUUUUUUUUUUGUUUAGGCAUUUCUGAUACGGACAUAAUAAACAUUUCUCUUCCAACUGGUGUUCCUGUGCUUCUUGAACUUGAUGAACAUCUGCACCCGAUCAAGCCACAUGUAUUUUUGGGUGAUCAAGAAGCUAUCCAGGCUGCCAUAAAGAAAGUAGAAGAUCAAGGAAAAGUGAAGCCUAGUGAUAAUUAG